CGGCAUCCCGGUGCCCGAUAUUAGCGUCUGCUCCCCCCGCCCCCAGUGCGUCAGGGCAGCCAAUGGGAAGCGGGCAGGGAGCGGACGCUCGCUUUUUUGAAUUGGUGUGUGCGUCGCGGCAGGUCCCGGAAUGGCGGCUUCCCUCUGAGCGGAGAGAGGCCUUGAGUCGUCCUGGAGGGUGAGGCGGAGGAGGGCGGAGCCUGUGGGAGGAGGCCGGGGGCUCCGGGGGUUAGUGAAUGGGGAGUUGGGCGACUGAGAAGGGGGAGUUGGGCGAGCGUGGCUCGCGAAGGGGAGAGUUGGGCAACGGUAGCAGGUGGAGAGGGAUGGGGAAGCGAGCUGGCUGAGAAAUGGGGAAAAGGCCUCGAGUGGCGGCGGCGGUCGCGGUUGCAAGGGCAGCGAAGGGGACUUGGUUUUAGUAACCCCCCCACCCCAAAAAGAAGAAUUAAGAGGCAAAUCUAUUCUAGAAUCUGCCUGGAAGUCCCUCUUUUCCAUCUCUGUCCCCGCCACUCCAAACCCAGGCAUAUGGAGACUGGCCAGGGGUGAAAGAAAUGCACUCUGUACUUGCUCAGAGGUGUCACCUUUUUUGCAUUUAAUUUUUUUACAUUCAGGGCCUAAGCUCAGGGAAUGGGAAAAAAAGAUGGAUGAGCCUUAGCGUGUGUAUUAUAAUAAGGGGUCUGUUAAGGAAAAUGGAAGUUCGUUAUUUUAUAUAUGUAAAGGAAAGUCUGGGGCGUGUGUGCCUCUUGUUUUGCAAACUUUAUCUCGGCACCUACCUGGAAAGGCAGGGUUUAGGCAUUGUGGGGCCGUCUAGAUGUUGCGGACAGCAACUCCCAUCGUCCCUUACCAAUGUCCAUGUUGACUGGAGCCGAUGGGAAGUGUAGUGCAAUUUUGGCUACCCUUUGUAAGGUGUAGCACAAAUGCGAUUUCACCUGUGCCUCUGUUUCACCCUUACGUCCAACGUUGUGCUGUACCUAAGCCAAAGUACAUGGAACUGAAACAGUCAGAAACUUCACUUGUUUACUGCUGCCUCUAUCCUCACCCUUUCCUCCUGUUAUUCCCCUUGUUUCUAUUUCUGUAUUAUAAGGAUUUUGGCUAAGGAACUUUCAGAUCUGCACAUUGGAAAGGACCAUGUUCAUAGGUGGUGUUAAAUAAAAAAAUAAAAAAUAUUUAGGCAAAGGUAAGCUCUGGUUUGCCCCAGGUGCUUGAUCACAUCUUAAAUUUUCAGUUGCAUGUUAAAAAUUUCUAAGGUGUCCAAAUGUGUAGAUUAUUUUGCUAGGUCAGUCCAAAGGUCUGUGUAAUCCAGUACUGUUUCCAGUACAUCCAAUAUGCCCUUGUGGAACUCAUUAAACCCGCAGGGUAUAAUGGUGAUAUCUGUACCCUAUUUAUCCCCAGCAUCGGGGAAUUGGAGAGAGGCCGGAACAGCUGCCCUGUGAGAAAAGUUGGGGCUAUUUAGUUUAGAAAAAAGAAAAGCAGGCAGGGGGACAUACAGGGGUAUAGAAUUAGGCGGCAUCUGGAGAAAGUGCAUAGAGGGAAGUUUUUCUCUUGUAAUACAGAAUUUGAUCUUAUCAAAAGAAGUUGAAGGGUGGGAAGUCCAGAGCAGACAAAAUGAAGUAUUCCACAGUACACAGCCAAGCUUUAGAAUGUGCUUCCACCAGAUGUGAUGACCGCUAGAUUAGAUUACUUUAAGAGGCGAACAGACAAAUUUAUAUAAGGCUAUUAGUGGGUGUGUUUGCAUGUCAUGCUAAGCUAUGAUUUACUGUGAACAUGCAGAUCACUCCUGCAUUAACUGUCCCUUCUGACAAGCAGGAGCAACAAACCAGGAUCCUUGGCUUAGUGUUGUGGCUGAAACAGAAUUACAGUAGUAGUUUCUUUAGCUGCAAGCAAACCAGGAUCUGAAGCCAAGGUCUGUUCUUGGCUUACCUGUUGUGCUUUGUUUGAAUCAUGAUCCCAAGACAUGUACUGUGGAUUGUUGCCCCUGCUGAAGCAGGAGUGAUCUGCGUUUACUAUGACAUCUGAAUGCAGCCAUGCCUCUGAAUGCCAGUCACUGGGGAACAACAGUGGGAGAGGGUUAUUGUGCUAAUGUCCUUCUUGUAGGCUUUCCAGAAGUAUUUGGUUGGUUACUGGCAAAUAGGAUGCUGGACUAGAUAUGCCUUUGGUCUGAUUCAGAAGGGAUUAUCUUCUGUUCUUACAAGGUGUUCUAAAAUAAGAGGUAGUCCUUAAAUCACUGCUUUGUAAUAUUGAAUGUAACCUUGCUUUUGAGUUUUGCUUUAGAGAUCUGGCAAUCCUAUUCUGCACCACAAUUACAGUUUGUUAGUAAUGGUUGUCACCUAAUGUCAACACAUGCUUUAUUGUGUGUAUAGGUGUUAUAAAACAGGUCAGAUGGAAAAACAUCACACUGGAGUGCUAUUGAUUUAUAGAUGUGUUUUGAGUAAGGAUGAAGUAAUGAUACUUAAAAUACAGAUUUGGGGGGUGGAAAUCAUGGGUCUGUAUGUGAUACAACAGAUUAGAUUUAUUUCAGAUGCAUGAUUAAAUUCUUGAUUCCAUCUUCUAUAAAAUGUGUUGUUGCAGGACCUGAAACUUUGGAAUGUGGUGGGCAGGGUUUAUGAGCUGAACUAUCAGAGAUGGAGCAUGUGUGCAUUUUCAUCUGCCCACAUGAAGCUCUGAUCUUUCAUGUUGGGUACUGCCUCACUUUGUUCCAUUGUUCACUGAUCUAGUGAAUAAGUCAUUGGUAACUGCUGGGGGAAAAACUGAUUGCAUAUUAAGACUCCAUGUUGCAACACUAAUGCUUGGCAUCUUCAGUCAUGUGCUUCCUCACAUGAUUCCUUCCCGUACCAGCACUGCAAGUGCAGCAGGUCGCUGACCCAACUGUGGGAAAUGACCACGUGAGCCCAAAGUUCAUGGACGGCUUAUGUAUUGGGCCCACCUAGUGCUUGCUUCUUGCUUUCUUUUUGAUUUCUAAAAAUUUGAAGAGCUGUCUUAUUCUUGUUCUUAUUAAAUAAAAAGCAUAUGCAGCACCUUUCAAUUCAUGCUGGUUGUGCACUUGUUCCUCUUUGAUUGGAUAUCUGCCUCAACACUCAGUGUUUAGCAAAACUCUGUAGAUUACAAUACUGCUCAAAGCAUUUGCACUCAUCUAAAAUUAGGUGUGUUGGGCAGGGCAGCACCUACUUUGUGUAGAUGAUUCCAUCUGUUCUGUGCUGAAAUUAUUCUGGAGCUAACAAAGGAUAUGCAGGGACAAUUGUAAACCUGGGGUGGUCUUAACUUGUCUUUCAUAGUCGAUUCCCCCUUUUAUUGUAGUCUAUUGAGAUGUUAAAUGUUCUGAACACUACAAGCCUAUCUAAUAUUCUAAUCUGUGUUAAGCUGUUUUCAGUAUGCAUUCAAAUUCAAAGUGCCUUGCUGGUUCAGAUCAAGAUCCAGUAUUUGCACAAGAAUCACAGCAACCAGCUAGGUGGUUCAUUGGAAAUUGGCCCAUGCCUUCUGCUCCACCUGUCAUCACACUACUAUCACAGAGUAUAGUUUAUCUCAUCUGCUCAUAUUUUGCCUUAGCUGUGUGUUCCUGUGUGUUUUGCAUUCACUCUCUUAUGACAGUGUCCUUUAAAAAACAACAACAUUCCAGCCCCACCCCAUAACAGCUGUGAAGUUGUGCGUACAGUUGCAUAAUAAAAGGUGGCAUAUGAAAUGUGAAAGUUAAGCAAAGCUUAGAAAUCAGAAAGAGGGCUGUGAGCAUUGAUGGAGUGGCUGCAGAAGAAGCUGUAGAUGCAACACCUUGAAGUUUAUGUAGAGUCUUCUUAAGUAAUGGGCAGAGAUGUUUCAGCAGUUGUUCUGAAGUUACUAAAAGGGAGUAAGACAGACAGGAAGGCAUAUAAGACAGACUUUCAGUUGUCUGGGCUUCAUCAUACAAAAUAAAAGGUCAGAUCUUAUGUAAUGAAGCAUAAUUUCUCUACACUUGGUACAAGCUUGAAAUACAGGUCUCCUCCCUUGAGACUUGACAGUUUAGAGAAAAUGAGAGGCUUACUAUUCCUCAGAUUUUUUUCCUGUUCAAAAUGUUUAAUUGCUUCUACUUAGUUUGAUAAUGUGAAAAGAGGUAUGUUUAUAUGAUGCAUAAAGAAUUCAUAUAGUUAAACACAGCCAGUUACGUUGUGGGUGUUAUUGUUAGUUGGAUUUACGUAACUGUAGGUUUGAUAGUGUCCUGUAUCCUGUCAGCUUCCCCUGCUGAUGUGCCAGGAGUUACUCUGGUACUUAUAACACUUGCAUGAGCAUUUUACAUAGCAUGGCACACAAGUGAACUUAAUCCCUUCCAGAAGUCCGUUCUUAAACUGAAACUGUUCUUGAACUGAGGCACGCUUUCCCUAAUGAGGCCUCCUGCCGCCAGUUCCCUUCCACUGUUCGGAUUCCGUUGUUAGACCGAGGUAAAGUUUGCAAACCAGGACACUACUUCAGGUUUUACGGAGUUUGUAAACCGAAUUGUUUGUAAAUAGGACUGUUCUUAAACCGAGGUACCACUGUACUAGAGAGUCAUGGACACCAGAAUUCCAUGAACACAGAGACGAGCACGAAUGAAUACUAUAAAUAAAUAGCAUGUUGAGAAAGUUGCUCAUUUGGCUCCAGCAGAUUUUGCAACAUCUGGACAGUGCAUAUAGUUAUAGAAAAAUAUGUUUUGCAUAAACAUCUUCAAGUAUGAUCUUAUAGCCCAGGUAUCUUCACCCACUGACCCACCCAGAAAACCCCCCUUUCUCCCUGUAGUGUUUAGACCCUGCAGAUCUUAAUGGCAAAACAGAACAGGAAGCAGCAGGAAUUGGUAAAUGCAAGAGGAAAAGUGAGGCUUUGACAAUGUAGGUACAAGCUCUGGUACGGGUAUUCAAAUUGCAGAGUUGAUUUUGGAGUACGGUUAGGAACCUUACAUAGAUUGCUAAUAGUUUCCUAAACGGUGUGUUUCCUUAAAAAUAAUAAUAACUUACUGGGUGAUUCCCUUGCAGCCGUAGAAGUGAAAUACCCUUUUGACCAUGGCUGACAACAGUACACUCAUGUCUGAUACAGGGAGGAGUCUCUUGGCAGAUUCUUCCAUUCUUGACUCCAAAAUUACAGAAUCUUCAAAGGAGAACCUAUUCAGGGGAUCAGCUUCAGAUGGUGAAGGUAAUGGAAUGAAUGGUUCUUAUUUCAGAAUGUGGAUAAAAGUCACUUGCUAUAGAAACUCUUGCAAUCUAGCUAUGAAUGUAGUUAUACUUCUCUUUGUAUUCCUCUAGUUUUUUCAGAUGGGAGCAUUCAAAUGUGUGCUUUUAUAGCAGUAUUUAUGUUAUACUUAGCUAAAGCACAAUGCAAACUCUUUCCUGUUGGCUUAUUUUGUUUUUAUUUACUAAUUAAAGUAUUUCUGUUUUGCCUUUGGCUUCACAAUGGAACCCCAAGGCAACUGUCAACUUCAUUAAAAUAAUAAAAGCAAGUAGAACACAAACAGCAGCAGCAAUAGCAACUUUAUAAUAGGUAAAUAUCAAGACCACAGAUCUAAAUAGUGAAUAUAUUAUUGAAAAGUGCACAAACCUACAAAAAAAAAAUUCUUGUUGGCAUAUAAUGAAUAAGCUUGUGGGAAUUUUUUAAUGGAUAGCAAAAUGUUCCAUAAUUUCUAAAGGCCCAUUUUGCACAUAAUGCUAAGCCAAACCAGUGGCUGGGCGUGAACAAACUAACGUGUUUCUCCCCAAGCCUUGCUUCUGCUGCACUACCUGGCACUAAGCAACGGUUUAGCUUAGCAUUAAACCUGAGCCCAGACUUGUGGUUGGCUUCACUCUAGACCAGAGGUUUUGAACCUUUUUGAGUCCCUGGCUCCCUACAUUCUUUCUGCGGCCCCCCUGUGGGGCUCAGGAGCUCAGUUAUGUCACCCCUUACCUUCCGAGCUGGCAGCCUCUCGCCCUUUUUCAAACACCAUCUGUUGUGGAGUGUUCCCUCGGCCUUCUCCUUGGGAGUCCCCUGGGCAGCUACUGCUGCCGCCCCUGGUCUCUGAGCUGCCCCCCUGCCCGAAAGAGAAGUGCCUCCUCACACUGCCCUACUGGGGCAUCGGAAGAGGAUGCCCCUACUGAAUUAUCUGGAUCCAUUCCCAACCAAGAUUCAGGCCUAGCUUCAGAACUGAGUCAGCUUUGGUUACCCUGACCCAUGACCUUUAUCAGGACAGGGAUAGAGAAUGUGAUCCUGUUGCUUCUCUUUGAUCUCUCAGCAUCACAGUACCAUUAACCAUAUUGGCUGGAUCAACUAAGCGAGUUAGCAGUAGGAAAUAUGGCGAUUCUACAGGGCUGUUUUCAGAAAGUGACACUAGGAGACUCUUAUCUGCCUUAGUGGCCCAACAGAGACUGGCCAAAGGUGAACGUGAGGUCAGCACCUUACCUUGGGAGACAGCAGCGGGCACUGCCGAGCCUGCAUGGUGGAAAGGCUCCCCUUCAGCUCUGGGCACUCAGGUACCAGGGAGACCUUGCACACAGCCAGCACAAGAAAGGCCAGAGCGGUGCCUGCAUGCCUGCCUGGCCUCCCACUUGUCUGUCCGUCCCAACAGCAAGGACUGGUUGGACUCCCUUGCCUACUUGCUUGCCUACUCCAAGGCUGCCUCAGCUCCUGGCAACCAGCACCCCCUGGCCAGCCCCAGAGCCACCAUUCACCUGGGGAGCUUGUAGCUAGAGCUGCUGCAACAGCUGUGCAAACCUUUGGGAGGAAGAGACGUGAGAGGGCAUCAGAGGAAGGAAGGAAAGGAAAGAAGGACCGAGGCCAGUGUUGCCCACAGCACCCCUGACCAUCAUUCAAGGCACUCCAGGGGGCCAGAAACAGAACCCCGGCGCUAAACGGUUGCCGCCUGUAUACCUGAAUUACAUGUAUAAAAGGAUGUUAUUGGGAAUAUAAGCUUCUUCUACUUCCUCUCCCUUGUUGAGAGAGAAGAUAGGUCGCUUUAAUUCUGCAAUCAUAUGUUUAGAUACUGUUUGUUCUUUUUUCACCUCUCCCAAAAGAAGAAAUGCCGCAGAUUGAAACUAGGGUAGUCCUACCGAAAGAAGCUGCAAAAUGUGAAGAACUUCUGAAAGCUUUGGAGGUAAGAUUUAUCAGGCCCCCAACAUGAUGCCCAUGACUGAACUUGUGCCCUUGAAGAUUUCUGGUGCUCUCAAAAUUCUAAAUGCCCAUGAUCCCAAAAUGGUAUGCGAUCCCUCAUGUUAUUGAAAACUUGUAGUUGAGGCUUUGGAUUAUUUCGUUCUCAUACUGAAGUUCUCCUCUUCUGCAGACCAUUAAGAUAAUGGAAGUUCCCGUUAUAAAGAUAAAGGAAGCUAGUUCUGGUAAAUCGGAAGAAAAACUUAUUAAAAGUAUUAUCCAUAUGGUAUGUUGGGGCAAUUACGUGUACAUAUCUGCAUGCAGUCUUUUGCACUACUGGGACAGAAGUGGGCAAAAUCAACAAUCUCAUCACUUGGUAUAUGGAUAAUAUAAAAGCACAAUAGUAGUGAAUGGUGCACAAUGGAGCUAGCUGAAUCGAAGCUUUGACACUUUGGGGUGUUGGCAUUGGUUCUGAAUUGAUGUACACCUGUGAUGGUUACGAUGAUGUAUCUCAUGCUCAUGAAUUAGAACUCAAAUUUGAUUUAACUAUUAAAACUCUUUGCUUCUAUCUGCAAAAAAGGAGUCAUGUUUCUGUUGGGCUAGCUUCAAAUUUAAUGGGCAGUUUCUAACCCAUACUUAUUUUUAUUGAAAUAAUCCUGCUAUACAACUUAUAGGCAGAAAAACAUUUUUGUUAGCUUUACUAUUGUAAAUAAUACUUGACUUUUUUUGUAAACAAUUGAAGGAAAUUAAAGUGCCCUACAUAAAGACGGAUUCAGUGGAGGAGUAUAAGAAUUCCGAUUCGCCAGAAUUUGAGACCAUUUUUGUGAUAGCAGACUUUCAAGAUCCCAUUUUCAAUGAUUUGCACAAAGCUGACUGCAGAGUCCUUGGGCCCCCAAUAGUACUGCAUUGUGCCAGAAAAGGCGAGGUAAGAAUAUACAUUGUAAGAGAUCUUGAAAUGGUGGCUAGCUUCUGUUUUAGACAUGCAUAUAUUUGGAUACAAUUGUGGCUUCCCCUGUAACUCCUAAAACUGGGACCUGUUUAAAAAUGUAUUUUAUUCACUUGUCCUUUGGGAUACACAUUGGAUUCUUGAUCCAUGCCUGUGUUAAAUAUCACAGUCAUAAACUUUGACAGAUCUGUUUUCACUCAUUUUUCCUCCUUACCAUGUGGCUCUCUGAUAUCUGUAGUGCAACAUUUGAAUGAAGCACACUUCUAUUGUGCAUCUAAUACUUGAAAAAAAAUAGAGUCUUGUGGUACCUUAAAGGCUAACAGGUUUAUUAGGGCAUAAUAAAAAAUACAUCCAUAAUGAAAAUGUACACUAAACAAAACAUGUUAACACAGGAGGUUCUGAUCAGGUCUGUGGUCCUUUUCUUACAUUGCUGUAACUGUGUUUUCUUCUUCCCACACAAAUCUCUCCUCCUCCCUAGGGAGUCUUUAGCUUUAGCGUCCUUUGUCUUGUAAAUGUGACUUCUUCAUUUAGAUGUUAACAAGAACAGUAUAGGAAGAAACAACCAGGAAGUGACUUCUAUAGAGCUGUAGGUUUGAUUAAACCAGGCCCCUAGUUCCCUGAAUGGGUGGCGGCUUAUUCUUCAAGUGCAUGAUUUUCACAGGAGCUUACUUAAUUGUCUUGGGCCGUCUUCUGUGACAACUAACCAGUUUACUUUUAUUUCAGCCUCUGCCUUUCUCAUGCCGCCCGUUGUACUGUGCCAGUAUGCUGAAUCUUGUGUUAUGCUUCACAGGAUUCAGAAAGAAAGAAGAAUUGGUAAUAUUGUCUUUUUUCCAUGCCCCUUAGAAUAGUUCACCUACAUGGAAUAAUAGUUAAAGAGGUUGCAAUAUUGAGUGGAGAACAAGUAGUGGGAGAUCCGCAUGGAGCUUGGUACUGACUGCUAUAGCAGCACCACUUGAGGAAUGUGCAAAGAAGUUUUUUUUUAAAGUCACAAAUGGAAUAGUGUGAUGGACAUGAAAUGGGGACAUCUGGAUUCAAGCUUCCACUCAGCACUGAGUGAUAUUCAGCUGUGGGAUGGUGACUGGUCCAACUUGAAGACAUGAUGUGUAUCUGUUCCUGCAGGCAUUUUAAGGGCGUUUUCUGAUUUUACCUGCUGAUUUUUAUUUGUUAUGUGCUUUCUGUGAUUUUUAUGCACAUUGCUUGGAAAUUUUUGUAUAUAAAUAGUUGAAAUAAACAGAAUGGGCAUCAUGCCAUAUACACCACCAUAUGGGGUCCUCCUAUGGAAGACAGGAAUACAAUUAUGAGACACAAGUUGGUUAAAAGUACCAAAUGUUUGUGGGGUAAUACUGUGAGUGCUGAUAAGUCGAGUUAACUCACUGCAGUCAGCAAGUAGUUAUCUUCUCUUUCUGCCUCUGGCAGCUAAACAUUCCUUUAAAGUUUUGGAUUUUAACCUAUUCCUUCCAUGUGGUAGAGUAGUAUGGCAUUUAUGGGGUGAGUAACUAGGCUUCCGACCGUUCCAACUUGUAUACUGUUUUUUCAGUUACCCUCACAACAUUGUAGCCAAUUGGAAGUAGAGUGGACAUCUGCUUCUGCUUCCCCUUAAUUGCCAGGUUCAUAAGAUGAAUUUUUGACUCUCCUGUGCAAAGCACUCCUAAGCAAACCUUCCUCCGAACUCUUGACCCUCCUGUGCAGGAAUGCCUUUAAAGAGAGAAGUAACCAUUUUACAACCCAAAUGUUGCAACGUAAACUGAAAGGAGAAUGGCUGGAAGUACUGUUGCUUUGUACACUGAAUUGCAGAUAGCAUAUUACCUUGGUCUAAUAGGAAUUUUGUUUAAAAAAUAAAUAGAAAACUAACUGGAGCCCAAUUUUGUUCAUAGGUGAAGCUGGUGACUUUGGCUCAUCAUAUGGGAGGGAUUAUUCGACGGGAUUUCAAUUCAAAAGUUACACAUUUGGUGGCUAAUUCUACGCAAGGAGGCAAAUUCAGAGUAUGUUCAUUUCCCUUUCUAUUCAGAGUUUGGGUGCAGAAUAUGGUUUUUUGCAUAUACCAGGCAUAUGAUGCAAAGGGAUGAUAAGUACUGUAUGUACACUAAGCUGUGGGCAGGAGUAAAUGGAUUUUGCAUUUAAAGUUUUUGAUUGUGCGUCUUUAUUUUAAGAGGCAUUUCAAUAUUUUGAAGGAUGUCUUGGAGGUGUAUUAGAGUGGCAUUUUGAAGUUGCAUAACUUUUCAUUUAAAUGUCAACUACAAAUGGAGCUACCUUACGACCCAGUGGCAGGAGAUGUUUAAUACUGUAACUGGACAGCAGUUUUGUUCUCGUUUUGUUGCACCCGGUCAUAUUAAAAUGAAAUCUCACUUGUGUCUACGUUUCCCACAGGAAUGCAGCGAAGUAUACCAUAGCUGUCUUCCAUGAGCAAACAUCUAUUUUAUCUAAAUCAUUUUAAAUACAGUUGAUCCUCCGUUUAUGGCUUAGUAAAAUAAUGAAUUGUCCAUAUUCAUAUAUAUGAUGGAUUUAUUGAGGGCUGGAUAAUAUGGCUCCCUUCCAAAAUGUUGGGGUGGAUAGACAUAAAUCAUUGAUUGAAAAUCUGAUUUACAUUGGCUUCCCCCUCCUGCAGAAGGACUGUAGCUCAGUGGUAGAGUAUCUGCUUUGCAUGAAGAAUGUCCCAGGUUCAGUCCCUGGCAUCUCCAGGUGGGACUGUAUGUACCCAGUCUAGAAUGUACCCAGUCUAGAAUCCUAGGGAGACUAUGUCAAUCAGUGUAGACAAUACUGAGCUAGAUGAACCAAUGAUCUGGCUCCAUUCCCCCUGUUAUUUGACUCAAGGAAGCAAUUCAAUUGUUUUAAUAUUUCCUGAAGGAGCAUGUAUACUAAUCAACUUACGUAAUUAAAGCUUGCCAUUAAAUAAAGCUUUUCUAUUACAUGGGAGCAGAAUCUGACCCCCUCUGGUCAUGAAGUCUGUGUGUAGUCAGGAAUUUCUAAUGCCUUCAUGCAAAAAGAAAGGUGGGAGGAAGGAAUGUGCAAGCCUGAGUAUUGCCAAACCAUGUUUUGGUGUUGGAAUAUGAAUAUGUGGGUGCAUGUUUCACUAUUAUAAUGUUUGACUCCAAAGGCCAGAUUUCACCUGCUUUGUUCUUUGAACUUUGUGUUUCAAUAGGGGCCCAUGGAUUCAGUUUUGUGAGCUUGCCACACUUCCACUAACAUCCAGUGUUAAAGUACAGAUUUUUUAAAAAAAAUUAAAAAAGCCCACAAAUGUUAAUUAUGUUUAUCAAGCAUAGAUUUUUGUGUUUUGUGAAAUCCUAUGAUCUCUACUAAGUAAGCCUUUGCAAGGGCAUUCUCUUUUUCAGUCUGCAUAGGAACUGUACCUGUUAACCUCUUUCUCUGCUGAUUUGCAGGCAGCUGUGAGUCUAGGCACACCCAUCAUGAAAGCAGACUGGAUUUAUAAGGCCUGGGAGAAAAGGAAUGACAUGUAUGUAUACAUUGUUCAAAGUGGCAUUGGUAUUUGCACUUGCGUGCAGGACAGUGAGAAGAAACCAUUUUCUGCAUAGGAAAACAUGGUGCAACAAGGUUUAAAUCCCUCUUCCCAUUUCCCCCCCACUCCUUAGUGACUUCUGUGCUGCUGCUGAGGAAUUCAGGAAAGAAUUUAAAGUUCCCCCAUUUCAGGACUGCAUGUUGAGUUUUCUUGGAUUCUCUGACGAAGAAAAGAAGAGCAUGGAAGAAAUGACAGAAAUGCAAGGUAAAUGUGAAAAAACUAUUGCACUAAAAGAGUCUAUGUACAUAAAAUGCUUCAAACCGCCUCGUACCCUGGACAAAAACACUACUAUCACUGUAAAAAGAUACUUUGGGGGGGCACACAUAUUAAAUAGCCAGCAUGUUAUUGUAUUGCUGAUACUACAGAUUUUGAUGCUCUGUUUUACUGAGAACGUGUUAGUGUUCAUAUUUGUAAAUGUAUUACAGUAGUUGAUGACUUGUUUAAUGAACUGUAUACCCCUCUAUUAUACCUGUCUAUGGAAUCAUGCUUUUCUACUGAUUUGCACUUAAAAGAGGUUGACGUCGCCAUCUAAAGCAAGUCUAAAUGCCGAGAAUUCGUUACAGAAGAGAUGUCAAAUGCUUAAGCUGUAUCUCAAAUUGCAUUUGUGCAGAUUUGUGCUUUUUCUUUAAUUCAUGUACAGCUUCCUGAACGUAAAAAUGUGGAGAGCCAGCUUUGCAUCAUGCAUAAUAACAAAAAUCUGAAGCUGUGUGAAAGAAAUUAGUGCUCUCUCCUUUAAAUAUGUUAUUCUAAGUAUGGUUAGCGUUGUUUGUAGGUGAUCUGCAGUUCUUGGAGCUCUCCAUAUCUUCAUAUCCCUUACGCUAACAUUCAAAAAGGCCAGUAUUAUUCUCAAAGUACAGACAGAAGAAAUAAGCAAGUUCCAUGUAGUGAGUUCAUAGUUGUGAGAUUUCAAGUAGAGACAUUUAUGUUUAUCCUCUUAGCCAGUAUGUAGCACCAACUAGAGAUGCCCUUCUCCAUUCUCUAAAAUCUGCAUCUGCUUGCAUUGAGCCUCAGAUUUCUUCUAUAUCUUCCUUUCUAAACUCUUAUUCUGAAUAAAUAAGGGUUUGGUGGACCUGUGGUCCUCUUCCUAAUUUCAUGUGUGUGGCAAGGAGGGGAAAAUGUGGACGACGAGUGGCAAGAAGAGAUGUGCCCCAGCUCUGUCCCCUGACAGAUUACAUGUGAGGGACAGAGGAAAGUCUCCUCUCCCCCACCUUACAUAAUACUUUGAGAAUAACUUUGCACAUUUUUCACUGGGAAAUAAGAUUCCUGUCUCCCUUGGUGUUACUGUAGUGUGUUGGAAUGAAAAUUAAGUGUAGAAUUUAGGAAGGAACAGAUUAAUCUUGGCAACCCUCUUUUGUCUUCAGGUGGACAACACCUGCCUGUUGGUGAUGAAAGGUGUACUCAUCUCAUAGUUGAAGAAAAUACUGUAAAAGACCUUCCAUUUGAGCCAUCACAGAACCUCUACGUUGUAAAGCAGGAGGUCAGUUUCAAUAGAAAAUCCUGGAUUCUUAAAAUGCAUCCUAAGCCUAAACCCCUUGGCUUUUGCUUUUCAGUAGCUAUUUUUAACGUUGGCAAUGAUGGAUUGUUGUAUAUGCUUGAGCAAAUCACAGAAAAUGUUUUUUUCUCCCUCUAGUGGUUUUGGGGAAGCAUUCAGAUGGAUGCCAAAGCUGGAGAAUCCAUGUACCUUUUUGAAAAGGUGAGCUGCUAUAGAAGGAAAUCUAGAAUACUGAAAGCAAUUUAUAGAACCAGAAUGGGAUCUUUAGACUGGGCAAUUCUUGGUACAGUGGUGCCCCGCAAGACGAAUGCCUCGCAAGACGGAAAACCCGCUAGACGAAAGGGUUUUCCGUUUUGGAGGUGCUUCGCAAAACGAAUUUCCUAUGUGCUUGCUUCGCAAGACGAAAAUGUCUUGCGAGUUCCUGCGGGGUUUUUUCCUUUCCCCCCCCUUUUUCCCAAGCCGCUAAACCGCUUAUCAGCUGAUCGGCUAAGCCGCUUAACAGCUGAUCGCUAGCCGCUUAUCAGCUGAUCGUUAAGCCGCUAUCAGCUGAUCGCUAAGCCGCUUAUCAGCUGAUCCGCUAAGCCCGCUAAGCCGCUAAUACUGUAGCGCUAAUCCGCUAAACCGCUAAUGGGCUUGCUUCGCAAGACGAAAAAACCCGCAAGACGAAGAGACUCACGGAACGGAUUCUUUUCGUCUUGCGAGGCACCACUGUAUUAGCUUAUUAAUGAAAUAGAAGAUGGAAUUUUGGGAUGAUUUUUAAACACUUCAGUUCCAUUAACUGUGUCAAAGCAUUUUUUGUUUCUGUAUUUAUGUAAAACACGUAUGGACACUUUUAUGAGUAAAACUCAAUUAGGGCAGCUUACGCAGUGGCCCGGUUCACUAGUUGACUCAAACCAUAGUUUAAUACAAACAAUGGUUUAAUGUGAACAAGCAGCAGAUCGCAGCUCAGAAGCUCUUGUGGCACUCCUCCUCUCCUCCCCAGGUGCUGCGCCAGAGAUGAAACAAGGCAGAGUUGUGCUUGUCAUGUCAUCUGAACCAGAGCUUGUGGCUUCCUUCCCCUAAGCAAACCAUGAGAGGUAAACCAAGAACAAAGCUUAGCUACUACUCAUGGUUUGUUUGGAGAGAAACAAACCAUAAGUGCAGGUUUUGACAGCGUAAUGAGCCAGAUUCUGGGUUGCUUAGUUUGUGGGAGCAGCAGUGCGGGAACUUUUGAGCAGUGUGCACCACCAUUCUGUUUGUUCCCAUUAAACCAUAGUUCAUAUUAAACCAUGGUUUAAUCUGUCAUGUGAUCUAGACCAAUAAGAGACUGAAGUGCAAUUUCUAACAACAAAAUAGAAUAGAAUACAAAGCCUCCUGUGAAAAUUUGAGUAGUAAUAAAUGCGUAUCCAGCCCAAAAAUAAAACACUUUUUCCCUUCACAAGAAAGACCAUCACCUCAAAGGAACUCAAUAAUAGCAGAAGAUAAUUACUAAAGAAUCAGCUGGUGAAAAUAAUUGGGUUUUCAAGGCCUUCCUGUAAGCUUUACAGUGAAACCAAUUUCAGUAGCUGGAUUUUACAGCUUCCUGGGGUUCUAAGCUGUAGAGCAGGAGUACAGUUACCUAUCUGAAUGUUUAUAUUUCAUUGCAGUUAGACAGUCCUGAACUGAAAACGUCUGUCUCACAACUUUCACUGAGUACUCCAAAUAGCAACCGGAAGAAACGUCGCUUGAGAGAGACCCUUGCUCAGCUGACCAGAGAGGCAGACAUGUCUCCCUUCCCACCUCGGAAGCGGCCAUCAGCUGAGCAUUCCCUUUCGAUGGGAUCCUUACUUGAUAUUUCCAAUACUCCUGAAUCGGGCAUAACUAAUGGAGGUAAAGGAAAACCAGCUCUGUGUCACUUAAUAGUUGUGGCAAAAAUAAAACACUUCUGAAUACUGACAAGAGUAACUGAUUUUUCCCUUCUCAAUACUAUACAGGGAGCAGGAUAGAAUUGAGGAACGUGGAUAUUGGUAGACAGAAGGGCAACUCUCAUUUCUAUAGACUUAGUCGGAUGAGGAGGAAAUCAUGCAGGCUUUCCAGAUGUAUUCCUCUGGAUAACGUUGCUCGUAAAUGUUGCAUAAACUCCUUAGAAAAUCUGCAACAAACCAUCAAGGCAGCUAGCAGUAAGCCACCUGAAAGCCUAGUUAACGAAGCACCUCAAAUGAAACUUCAGAAAUUCAUUAUUUUCCCAGUCGAAAGCAAGGAAACUUCUGUAAGCCUCCGUUCCAUUCCAAUUUUGAAAGAUGUUGUCUUAUGCGAACAUCAUCCAGUUAGAGAUGUACCGAGAACAUCGCAAGGUGAUGAUGAGCAAAUUUCCUUAAUUUUUUUAGAUCGCAGUGACCAUUUAGGUAAUGCAGAACUUAACUUGGGGCAUGAGUCGUGUACUAAAGGCGAUUUCAAAAUACAGAUUGGAUCCGUUUGUGGCACCUGACUUCCAAGGUGAACCAAAUUUGUCCCAGCAAGAGUAGAGGUAGAGACAUCUCACUGAUGUAAAUAAGGUUGCUUCAGCUGUACCAACUUCAGUGCUGAAGUGCAGGAAGUGAGUUGUGAGAGAAGCAGCAAGGAACAAGAUGAGUGUAGUUUUUAUGAUGGAACACUGACAAUGAUAGUUGGAUAGGAAGACUUGAACCAACCUUUGAAUCCAAUUCAGAUGCUGGUUUCGCUUGCACUGCUUCAGUGCUCAUAAGAAGUAAGCUAGGUGCCGUUCAGAUUCCUGAUAAGUUCUGUACCUGAAAUCCUUGGCAAUUUUCUACAAUAGAAUACAAAAAAAAUUACUUCUGGUAUCAAAAUAUUUUGGGGAUAUUCCCUAAUAUUGCUAAAAUAAUGGGCAUUGGCUAUUUUAUAAUAGUAGCACAGAGAGAAAGUGGUAGAUAGAACUUCACCUUGCAUGGUGGCACAGAAAGUAGAACCCACUUAGGGCUUUUCCUGUUCCAGCAGGUUUUUAUUUUGUGCAACUUUAAAAAGCGGAAUAGCACUCAAAUCUUCAUAUUUAAAAUGGAUUAGCACAUCUAAUGGAAACAGUCGUCUUAAAUAGAUCACCUGUUAAGAAUCCAUGGUAGUUUCCCUGCUUGUAAAAACAAAACAAACCCCCCCCAAAUGAACACCCAAAUAAAUCAUUUUUAUGUCUCGUGUCUCCAUCCUUUACAGAAACUCCAAAAUCAUGUGCAAAGCCGUCCAAAAACUCGACUCCUUUUCUGCCAAAGCAGUCUGCGAGAUGGCAGGUUGCGAAGGAGCUGUAUCAGACGGAGAGCAAUUAUGUUGAUAUCCUGACAACCAUAAUCCAGGCAAGUUGAUAGGUCCCCCCUGUACCUGAUGGAAACUUGCUACAAAUCAAUAGCACCUCACUUUCCAAAAAGAUCCAUUAUUAAGGGGCCUCUGCUACAACUACUAUUGCAGUAACUGCCCUCUGAGGGCUGAUGGGCACCUUACACGGUAGCGAUGUUGUCUGUAUGCUGUGCGUGUCUCAUGCCAGAUAAGGAGAGGUGUGUCUGCAAAGGAUGUGAUGUGGAGGCAGUCAUGCGCCAGGAAGCUUUGGCUUGCCUGUGCUUCCUGGCACAUGUCUACCAUGCACAUAUGACUGAGGUUUAAAUAGGCUUUUUUUUUUUUUACAUGGGGAUCCUUCAGUUCUCCCAUCCAGAUGACUGAUUGGUUUCAUGCUUGCUCAUCUUCACCAAUGCUUUAGCAGCAGGUGCUCCUACGCCGCUUGCUGGGCCCACUCAUCUGCCGUAUGUUAAGGACUAACCUGACAACCAUGCCUAGUCAGCGGCUGUUUUUAUUGGAGCACCAUUGUGAGAAGGGGCUGAAGAGGGACAGGUCUGUGCCUGAACAUGGCCUGCCAAGAAGUUAUGUUAGCGCUGAUGCAGUUACUGGAAAUGCACAAAGUCUGAAACAAUGCAGCUGCAUUAGAACACGAAUCAUUUCCAAAAUAUAAUUAUAAAUGCGUCUUCUCCAGCACUCGAUUCGAACAGCGUUUCUGGAUCGCAGCUAGGUUGUCCUCGGUAUCAUCGAUGCUCUUCCUUUCAUUUAGGAAAAGAUAAUGAUCCGUAUUUUGCAAAUAAGAAUGUUUUAAAAAUACUAUACUGCUUCUUGGGAGAAAAGCAAUAACCGACCUAGACAGCAUCUUAAAAAACAGAGACAUCACCUUGCCAACAAAGGUCCAUAUAGUUAAAGCUAUGGUUUUCCCGGUAUGAUGUAUGGAAGUGAAAGCUGGACCAUAAAGAAAGCUGAUCGCCGAAGAAUUGAUGCUUUUGAAUUAUGGUGCUGGAGGAGACUCUUGAGAGUCCCAUGGACUGCAAGAAGAUCAAACCGAUCCAUUCUGAAGGAAAUCAGCCCUGAGUGCUCACUGGAAGGACAGAUCGUGAAGCUGAGGCUCCAAUACUUUGGCCACCUCAUGAGAAGAGAAGACUCCCUGGAAAAGACCCUGAUGGUGGGAAAGAUGGAGGGCACAAGGAGAAGGGGACGACAGAGGACGAGAUGGUUGGACAGUGUUCUCGAAGCUACAAACAUGAGUCUGACCAAACUGUGGGAGGCAGCGGAAGACAGGAGUGCCUGGCAUGCUCUGGUCCAUGGGGUCACGAAGAGUCGGACACGACUAAACGGCUCAACAACAAGAACAAAAAUACUAUAUUAUACUGCAAUGUUUAAAUGUUUCUUUGAUUGUCCUUGAAUCUUACCACCACCCUUGCCGUCCUCUCCUGUCACACCUCUGGUGCACCACAUCCUUUGAGAACCACUCCUCUAACUGUGGCACUUGGGGGUUGGUAAUGGAGACAGCUGAACCAACAUCAAUUUAUAUGGGUACUAGGAAAGCCUUCAUUUUUAUUGUUUAGGGCAGGGGGUUAAGGGGAGUGACGACUAGGCGGCAGCAUCUUGGCACGGUAAACCUGGCCCAGACCAUAAUUGCCAAUAGGUGGCUUUAGGGAAAUUGUUAUCUGCUGCAAAGAGCAUGAAUCUGCCUUGAGUGCAGCCUUCCAAUUAAGAUGACUCUGUGGUAUUACAUCUAUUUGCUGUUUUCAUUUUUUCCAGGUCUUUCAAGUCCCCUUGGAAAAGGAAGGACAACUUGGAGGCCCCAUCCUUGCACCAGAGGAAAUUAAAACCAUAUUUGGCAGUAUCCCUGACAUCCUUGAUGUACACACCAAGAUAAAGGUUGUCUUCAAGACUUGUACAAUGCAGAUCUUUCAUCUGUGUUGCUUUACUCCUGAGUUUUAACUUGCUUGUGCUGCCCUGGAAAGACAUUAAUGUUUGGAACAACUAAAGACAGAAAAUGGAAUUUGAAGUUGCAAGUUUAGAAUUUGUUCUACACUCUUCAGCUCAAUAGUUCGUGAAUAGAUUCCCUGAAACUGACUCACAUCAGGCAUAAUACCAAAAAUAAGGGUGCUUAUGUUUUCCCUUGCUUCCAAAUGUGGUAUCAAAUUGUUAUUGUUAUCAUUAAUUCCAUUUGUAUAGUACCCUUUACAACAGAAAGAAACAAAAUGAGAAUUAAAAAUACAUAAGAAAAACAAACCAAUAGCAACCCCCCCCAUUUAAAAAGCCAUAGAAUGUUAAUCUGCUGAAUGCCUGCUUGAAGAGAAAUGUUUAUGCCUGGUGCCUAAAUAUAUGUAAUGAAGUUGCUUAUCUACACUCAGUGUAUAUAAGCACCUUCAUUACAUAUCUUUAAAUUAAAGGCUAUUUGGGAGCAGAAAAAAUGCACAAGUUCAGGGUACUAAUAUAACUUUCCAUCUUACAAAUUGUAAUUUUUUUUUUUAAUAGGCAAUAUGUCAUUUAUGUUCUAGGAGGACCUUGAAGACCUUAUGAUAAACUGGACUGAAAGCGAAAGCAUUGGUGAUGUCAUACUCAAAUAUGUAAGUCUUCAACACUAGCUGCAUUACCAUGAGUGCUCGCAUAGCACAUGGGGAGGAACCCCCUGGUCUUGGAGGAAUUGGGGGAAGCCUCAAGCAAUGCUAAAACACACAGCUUGUUUUAGUAACAUCGAGCAAAGUUUUGCAUUGCACACUUGUACUGUUGCAUUUGUAUACUGCCCUACACCUGUAGAUCUCAGAGAUGUUGGGGAAGGCUGCUGUGGAGUGCCUCUUAGCUGGCUUAGUGGUGACUGAAAAUACUUCAGGGCAUGAUGGUAUAUUUAAGCUGGUUGCUGUAAAGGACCAAUUUUUAAAAUUACCUUUUUCCACUUCAGCUUUAUGCUUGUUGUAAAUGAAAGUUCUGCAUUCUUUCAGUCAAAAGACUUACUGAAAACAUACCCUCCUUUUGUGAACUUCUUUGAAAUGAGCAAGGAAAUGAUUACUAAGUGCGAAAAACAGAAGCCAAGGUUUCACGCUUUCCUGAAGGUAAUUACCUUCCCCCCCUUUUCCUUGCUCCCCCACUGUGUGUGUGUGUGUGUGUGUAAUAUAUAUAUAUAGAUAUAUAGAUAGAUAGAUAGAUAGAUAGAUAUAGAUAUAUGGAAGGGAUUUCAUCUGUGUAUUGACUUGGAGUAUGUUUUUGACUUCUGUGUAAGAAGUUAGCAGCGUCUGACUUCAAUGCCUUUAGAACAGGUGUGGACCGAAGGUGGAUUAGGAUCUUACCUUUAGAUUGGCAGAGGUUUUUCACUCCUACCUGCUGAAGCAUUUAAAAUAUUGCUUACCUCCUCUUCAUUGCCAAGGUAAACCCAGAGCAGGUUGCCUAAAAAGUCACAUAUGUGCUACUACAUUUUAUAAAACGAAGUAAGCGAGUAAUAGUAGCACUAACAAACAGUUCACAAGAUAGUAAUCAAACAGAUUCCAGUUUCCUAUCAAGCUAUAGCCUAGAUGAAUGAAGUCAGAGUUGGCACCAGCUGUAUCCUGGCCUGGGCAGGGAGGCAGGGAAUUCCAUAUUGACAUCCUUGGCAUUGCCACAUAGUGAGCUUGGUCCAAAUGCAUCACGGUGAGCAGGGCCUCCCCUUAUUUAUUCAUGAUUUGUACCCCGCCCAUCUGACUGGUGCCUCCAGCCAAUGAUAGAUCUAAUAGCACCACCAGAGUGCACAUCUGUUUGUUUUGGAGGGAGGGCAGCUCCAUCCAGAGUAGAAAACCUGCCCAAUUCUUUGGCCUGACUAUCCACAGGAUCUCCAUCUUAUUAAGAUGGAGCUUCAACUUGGCCCUCAUCCAGCCCACCACUUGUCUAAGAACCAGGGCUUGCACCUUCCUUUCUGACUUGGAUAUACAGAGAAAGUAGAGUUGGGUGUCAUCAGCAUACUGAGGGCAUGUCAGACACUCCACACAGUUCCCAAUGGAUUCAUAGAGAUAUUCAGUAGUCUUGGGAGCAAGAUGGAAGCCUGCAGACCACCACAGAAUAAUUGCUAUAAGGUUGAGUUUCUUAGCGUCAUUUUCUGAAAACACCCCUGUAGAAUCGCCGUAUUUCCUGCUGCCAACCCAUUUAGUCGAUCCAGCCGAUAUGGUCGAUGGUACUGAGUGCUGCUGAGAGAUCAAAGAGAAACAACAGGAUCACAUUCCCUGUAGUCCUGUCCUGAUAAAGGUCAUUGGUUGGGGUAACCAAGGCUGACUCAAUUCUGAAGCUAGGCCUGAAUUUUGGUUGGGAAUGGAUCCAGAUAAUUCAGUAGGGGCAUCUUCUUUCCAGGCUGCUGUGGGGCAGCGUGAGGAGGCACCUCUCUUUGGGGUGUGGGGUGGGGCAGCUCAGAGACCAGGGAUGGCGACGGUGGCUGCUUGGAGGACUCUCAAGGAAUCAAGAGAGGACUGAAGGAAUAGUCCACAAGGGAAGGUGUUCAACAAGGGGUGAGGGGCUGCUGGCUCUGCAGGCAAGGAGUAACAUAGCUGGGCUUUUGAGUCUCAGAGCAUUUCCCCACAGGGGAGCCGCAGAAAGAAUGUAGUUGGUCAGGGGAGCUGUGGACUCAAAAAAGCUGAAAACCUCUGCAGAUAAAGCAUUUUGUCCAAGAGCUUCUGGCCACUACACCUUCCUUAGAAAGGGGAUGUUUGUGACUGGGUGGUAGUUGUUACAAACCUCUGAGUCUGGUGCAGGUUUACUGAGGAACGGUUGCACUACUACCUCUUUAAAGACAGCAGGCAUUGGCUCCUCAUGCAAAGAAAAUAAGAAUUUCACACUUAGCAAUGGCAAGGAUUGAGUUGGUACUUUGCUCUCAAUAGAUAAAUCAAGCUAAACCAGAGUGUGGUCGACAGAGUUUGGCAGAACUCCUCAUCCGACCUGUUCAGAGGCUGCCUAGUGUUGCCCUUCUUCUAAAUGGUAAGUGAGGGCUGGUUUUGCAUCGCUUGUUUUUGUAGAGCAAGUGAGCUGGUGCCUUAUUUUAGUUGCUUCAAAUUGGGAGAGCUAAAUGCUCUGUAACUGAAACGGGCUUCAUCUGACUCCAUGCCCUUUUCUGCAAAAGUACAUGACAGAGCUGUUCUGGGGAUGGUGGAUACUUAAGCAUUAUUGUGUUUUAAACUUUCCAAUCGAUUUGUUUAAGGCUCUAACACUACGGAGAUCUUUAAACAUGCUUUCAGUUAAGAGGAAUAAUGGAAUGCAAUUGGGCAGUGACUGACAAUUCCCAUCCCCCCAAAACACUCUGUAGGUUAUCUAUGUCACUAAAACAUAUGCAGUUCUUAAAUCCGUUUGCCACCUACUGUUAAGUAUAGUCUUACAGGCCUAACCUGCAUAAUUUACAUUAGGCCUUGAAAUAGGUGUGGCUCAGCUGUUUGAGAGUCUUUCUAGGUGAGAAAAGACAAGAAAUCCAUGUUUUGCAAAUAAGAGUUUCAGCAACCACAGAAAAUAAAUUCCAGCUGUAUGGGGUGAAAAGGUGAUUGAAAACCAGUGUCCCCCCCCCCCCCAAAUUCUCAAACUUUGUCAACAUUAUCUUGGCAUGAUUUUAAAAAGUUGCCCUUUUCGCACUUCCCUGUUUUAGACAUUAAGAAACAUACGGCAGAAGACAAUCCUGACAAGGCAACUCUAGAGAGAGCCAUUGAGUCGCUAAAGGAAGUGAUGACGUAAGUGGUGAUAAUCGUAACGAGAUAUUCUCUGGGUCUGAUGUUAGUAUGGUAGACUAGCUUGGCAGUAAGGCAUACUGUCUAUUCAGCAGACAAGUAUUCUGCAUAUAUCUCUCUCCCUACCUACCAACCAUACUAGUCUGCUCAAGAGGCAGCAUGCAUUAUAUAUAGUUUUUAAAAGUUGUAUUUAUAAAAAUGGUACCUUGGUUUUCGAAUAUAAUCCGUUCUGGAAGACUGUUUGGCUUCCGAAACGUUCAAAAACUGAGGCGCAAAGGGUCUUGCAGAGGCGGCCUGCGAUUUCAAUGGAGAAAAUGGAAAAAAACGCAGUGGAAGCUCUUCAACUUCUGAGGCACAUUCGAAAACAGAAGCAUUUAUUUCAGGUUUUCGGCGUUUGAAAGCCAAAACGUUUGGUUUCUGAGAUGCUCAGAAACCAAGGUACCACUAUAUAUGUAACUGUUCUAUGCUCUUAUAUUGUAAAUUCGUUUGGCAUGCCUCAUGGGAAGCUAUCAGCAAAUGAAAUUCCUGCAAUUCUGCUAUUCUAUGAAUCUGUGAAAUAUAUAACAAUGGGAUGGUUUAUCCUGUGGUAUAUUGCCGGCCUGUAUUUUCCAGUUGCCAAAAAAGAAAAGAGAAAACAGAAAGCCGUGGGAAUGCUGCUGUUGUGAUGAGGUAGCUAGGUUCCCAGCUGAACUGUGGGUUCCAUCUCAAAAGCCACACAUUGAAUAGCACUCAUUGGAAAAAAGUUAUGAGCGUUUAAUUCUCCUCAAAACUGGGAGGACCUGCUUUGGCACUGUUAUCCAUUUGAUACAUCGUUUUGUAAUGAGAAAGGGAUGCGGGUGGCGCUGUGGUCUACACCACUGAGCCUCUUGGGCUUGCUGAUCAGAAGGUCGGCGGUUCAAAUCCCUGUGACGGGGUGAGCUCCCGUUGCUCGGUCUCAGCUCCUGCCAACCUUACAGUUUGAAAGCACGCCAAAAAGUGCAAGUAGAUAAAGAGGUACCGCUCCGGUGGGAAGGUAAAUGAUGUUUCUGUGCGCUGCUCUGGUUUCGGUGUUACGCUGCGCCAGAAGCGGUUUAGCCAUGCUGGCCACAUGACCUGGAAAAACUGUCUGCAGACAAAUGCCGGCUCCCUUGGCCUGUAAAGCGAGAUGAGCGCCGCAACCCCAGAGUCGUCUGCGACUGGACUUAACUGUCAGGGGUCCUUUACCUUUACCUUUGUAAUGAGAGGUGUCUUACUUCAAAAAUAAGUUAACUGUUACUUUUCAGAACCUUUUUGUGGAAAGGAAUUGGUGCUUUUUCUUGUUACAAUAACUUUUCCUUAAGGUUAUGGGAUAUAUUAUGAAUACUUUCCCUUACUCCCGAAGCCAGUGAAAAUUCAAAUGACAACGAUAGGAAUUCUGUAGGAAUUACUUGUACUGCAGGAGACUCCCAUGACUGCUGUCAGUGUGAAGGGUCAGCACUGUAGCAGCUGCCUGGUACAUAGCUUUGCAGCGCUUUAAGGGAGGAAAAUUCAGCAAAUCUGUUUCGAUGAACCCCUGUCCCCUUUGGGCCUUCCUCAAGUGGAAAACACUUCUCCUUAGUCUUCAACUGCUGACACGGCUGCUCGUCGCAGUCUUUUCACAUUUCCCAAGUCUGUGCGAGAAAUUAAUGCGGGCAGAAUUUAAAAACAGAACUCUUAUAAAAUGUGGUGUUUCUGUUUGUGUGUAGCUUUGUAUUUUUAGCAUGGUGUUGGUAUGCAUAUAGCAUAAUUCUCCUGUGGUAGUCUUGGUUUCUGGGUAGACGACUUAACGAAGUGGCCGUUCUGCAGAUGAAGAGGCUGUUCAGCUGUAGAUGUGUGUAUACACACACAUGUUGGGGGUGUGUGUGUGUGUGUGUGUGUGUGAUUGUGUGUGCACACACUCGCACUCCCCAUCCAUAAUAGUCGCUGAGCACAAGCUUAUGUCAAUAACAUAAAGUGGUGGAUCUGACCUUCACGUGCCAUGAAGCAGAUACCUAGAUGCCCUGUCUGUAUUGGACCUAAACCCUAACAACUAAAAAGUCUUUUUUUGCUCUUUUCCCCAGGCAUAUUAAUGAAGAUAAAAGGAAAACGGAAGCCCAAAGGCAGAUUUUUGAUGUUGUCUAUGAAGUAGAUGGCUGCCCGGUAAGUUAAUAGUGAAGCUGAGCCUGAUGCGUGGGGUGGAGUCCUUUUGUUAGACAGAUAUGACCUCUUGGUAGGGGGAGGAGGAGAAGAAUAAAUGUUAACUGGAGAGUCUUCUCACGUAACACUCCCAGGCCAGUGGGGUUGCUGUGGGCCCCAGUGACUGUUUGAAAUAUUGGUCCAGCUUUUCUCUAGCAAACCUGAGCUGCUUCAUGCUCUACGUGCUUCUCAACAAUUGUUAGGUCAGCUGUCUUGUGCUGUUUCAUCUCUCUCUGCUUCAGGUUUUCAAAAAAAUUAUGUUUAACUUGCUACAUGUUCAGGGUUUUUAUUGAGAUGAAUGGGAGAAUGAAGCUGCCCAACCCCUAAUUGAACUGGAUUAUAUGCUUGACAAGUUCUUAAAAUAGGGUAGAGAAAAUUAAUUUAGAAUUUUGAUUGUACCAUAAAUUCCACCCUUUUUGGUUCUGCUCAAGAGUGCUAGAAUAUUUUUCCUGUUUUUGUAACUUGCAGCAGACUCCUGUAUGUAAUCAAAAACCACUGCAAGGCUUUAUUGGACCCUAGGAGUAAGUUUUACCCUAUGAGGUUAAUUCUGCUUCAGGCUGGCUUUAUAUUGGUACAAGAACUGUAGUUUUCAUAGUGCAAACUUCUAACAUGGAUUUCUUGCUUGCAAUAUUCUGUUGAGCUCCCCAACCCUGUUAGGUUGUCAGGGUACUUUGGAUUCCUUCCAUUAUGAGUUCAGUACAUCUCCUAUGCAUUUUGUUUUGCUUUCUUGACUCCUUCUUCCAAGGCUUCCACAUCUCCCAAUGAGUUAACACUGUGAAACCUAACAUACCCCAAUAGGUUAGGAGUGUGUUCUAUGUUUUUGGAAUGUGGUACCAUUAACGACUAAUUUUUUAUGCUAAACUGGAGUAAUUUUGAAAUUGAUCAUUAACUUUAUUUCCAGAUACAGUUUUUGAAAGCAUCUGCUGACCCUAAUAAUGCUGUAGGAAAAAAUGUGUGGGGUUACAGAAACAAUAAGCUGAUGUACUGGAGAAGUAUUCUGUUGUUGGGCAAUGAGAGGAUUCCUGUAUGUGAGCUUUUGAAAGGGUUCAGUAAGGCAAUGUUAAAAAAGGUAAAGGACCCCUGACAGUUAAUUCCAGUUGCAAACGACUCUGGGGUUGCGGUGCUCAUCUCGCUUUACUGGCCAAGGGAGCCGACAUUUGUCCGCAGACAGUUUUCCCAGGUCAUGUGGCCAGCAUGACUAAGCCGCUUCCGGCAAAGCCAGAGCAGUGCAUGGAAACGCCAUUUACCUUCCCACCGGAGCGGUACCUAUUUAUCUACUUGCACUUUUUGGGGUGCUUUCGAACUGCUAGGUUGGCAGGAGCUGGGACCGAGCAACUGGAGCUCACCUCGUCGUGGGGAUUCGAACUGCCGACCUUCCGAUCAGCAAGCCCUAGGCUCAGUGGUUUAGACCACCGCGCCACCCACAAUGUUACCUGCUGUGAAAUCUAAUCUGCAGAAUAGCAUAAAUAUUACCGCCCAGCAGGUUUUUGAAUGUUAUACAGAUCUUUUAGGUUAAAAGUCUGCUCUGUUUAAUUUUAUUUCUUGGUGACAAAGCACCUUCCUGAACUAUUCUGUUCUGUUUUUUAAAUGAGCUUCUCCUAUACCCCACAGGCCAAUCUCUUGUCAUCUCACCGAAGUCUAAUUCAGCGGCUGGAAACAGUUGCGCUUGGUGACGACCUCUGUGACAGAGGGGAGCAGGUCACCCUGUUCCUUUUUAACGACUGCCUGGAGGUAAGUCUAUAGAUAUUCAUUUGGCUGUGACAUUCUGGAAUGACUUGCAACCCAGAGGAAUAAAUAGUAAUCCAAAUACUUGCAACCUACGAAGGACGUCUGGAACACUUUUUUUUUUGUCUUGACAGAAAGCUUUACGCUAUAUGUGCCACUCAGUCAGUUGGUAAGAACCACUGCACAAACUGUCAACGAGGAACACUUUAUUUCUGCGGACUUAAUGGUUGGUAGCUCGAUACGGGGAUUAGUGGAGAAGACAGAGCAACUUUCUGCUGCCAUGUCUUACUAUUAGUAGUGAAAUAUUUGCUGCAGGAGAGAUGCUGCCACUGAGAAGCAAGCAGAGAGGCCUUUGAGUAAUUCCUCCCCCGACAUGAAUUCUUGCAGAAAUGUAGUACGCAGGCAUCGUAUGGGUUAUUGACUUACGACCAGAGCUGUGCCCUAGAAAAUUCUUCCGCAAGAGGCUGAAUUUUGUAACCUGUAUAAAUUAGACAAGUUGAAUAAACUUGCAUCUCAAGUCAUGACAUUGAAGCUCUGCUCCUGAAUCUAUACUUGGUCACCCCUUUCUUUUUUAAGGAGCAUCUGCUGGCUUGGGAAUGCUGACGUCUCUUGCAAUUUUGGGUCCUUCUGGCAGAUGCUGGAGGUGGAAAGUUGUUAACAAGCCUCCCCCAGUUUUUAGAUCAAAGAUUUGGGCAGGGGGAGGUUGCUGAUCAGUUGAUUGCCAUCUGUACAUUUACUUGUGGUGGUAGUAGCAGCUCUGAAAUAACUCUGUAGAGCAUGAGACUCUUAAUCUCAGGGUCAUGGGUCCAAACACCACCUUAGGCAAAAAAUUCCUGCAUUGCAGAGGGUUGGACUACACGACCUGUGUGGUCCCUUCUAACUCUACCAUUCUUUGAUUCAAACUACAACCUCAUCUGGCUGGUCUUCCCCUCAUAGUUAAUCCAGAGCUCUUUAAAAUUGCAGUAUUACAACCAAGGCAGUUUUAUUGGUCUGUUGCAUGUAGGAGCAGCACCUCCGACAUCUUAUUUACAAAACUCAGCAUGAUCCCAUGCAUACUUACAUAGAAAUACAACCCACUGUGUUCAAUGGGGCUUUACUCCCAGGUAAGCAUACGUAAGGUUACAAUCUGUGUCAACUGAGGAAACUAUUGCUGGGUUCAUUGUUUCCUCCAGUCUAGUUGGCCGAUGCUUUUGUCAAGUGUUGGCUUCUUGCACCUUCGUAUUUGGAUUAAACCAGUGUCUCAUUUCUGUAGCUGAGUACUUGUUAACCGGAAAAAGAGAGCUGCUUUAAAUCUCCCCCGCAGCCUUCUUUUUGCCGUCCUUCUCUGCUGUCUUCCCAUCCCUAAUGUCCACUUGAUGCGAUGCAAGCAAAAGAAGAUUGCUUUUCACAUCUUUGGGAUUGAUGCAUCUUGGUUACUCUAGUGGUAGCUCAUCAAAAUCGGUUGGUCUCUUGGCGCCGCUUAGAAUCCUGGCAUUUGUUUCAAGUUCUCAAGACAGUGGCUCAGCGGCGCACAAAGUUCUCGUGGGGCUUAUUUAUAUUUAAUGUGAAUAAAUAACAUGGCUGUGCCAGGUAAGUCUGUUUUGCUUCUGCUUAAGCUAUACAAAAUGUGUGCGUAAAGUGUCCACACAAGCAGUAUAACCUGUAAUUGCUGUUGGAAAGAUACUGAGCUAGGGGAAAAGAAACUAAUCAAGUUUCAGAGGCUUGAGUCUAGCAUGGGGGAGGCCAUAAAGUACACAGUUCAUUGUAGUCUGUACAAUUUGCAGCACCAGGGAUGUGGAACUCUGCUUAAAAAUCUGCCUUCAGUAGCCACAAGUUAGCUUGAACCUCGCCCUUGACCAGUGGGUUUAAACAACAACAACAAUUUAUUACUUAUACCCGCAACAACAAUAACAAUAACAACAACAAUUUAUUACUUAUACCCCGCCCAUUUGGCUGGGUUUCCCCAGCCACUCUGGGCGGCUUCCAACAGGAGAUUAAAAAUACAUUAAAACAUCAGUCAUUUAAAAACUUCCCUAAACAGGGCUGCCUUCAGAUGUCUUCUAAACGUCAGAUUUUAUUCCUUUGACAUCUGAUAGGAGGGCAUUCCGCAGGGCGGGAGCUACUACAGAGAAGGCCCUCUGCCUGGUUCCCUGCAACCUUGCAGUGAGGGAACUGCCAGAAGGUCAUCGACGCCGGACCUCAGUGUUUGGACUGAAUGAUGGGGGUAGAGACGCUCCUUCAGGUAUACUGGGCCGAGGCAGUCUAGGGCUUUAAAGACUUCAACCAUGGCCCAUGGAGCUGCAGUUGUCAAGAUUGUAGCUGGGCUGUGUAUAAUGUGUUGUUUGGUUGCAGAAUCCAGUUUUCUAAAUCUGCUUUUACUUUGUGUCAAACAAAAUCGGUCUUGUCAAUCCCUGUCUAGCCCGUAUGCUAGCAUGUAAAAAUAUUUUUGUCUUGCCCUUUUCUGCUUUUUAAGAAAGAGCUUCACGGAGGCUAACUAUAGUAAAAGGCAAUAUCAAUAAAAUCUCAAAAACAUAAAGCAGCAACAAGUUUAGCAAAUCAGCAAGCAGAUGCCAGGUACACAUAGUGUCCAGCUGAGAUGUAUGUGUCUAUAUUGGGGAUGAUUAACCUUUUUUGGGGGUGCUGGAGAGCCAGAUUCACCUUUGGUCAGCUUUCUGGGGGCUUCAUGGCUCUAGUGGGUGUAACUACCCCAUACUCCUGUGUAUGCACACACAGCUAUGCAGAUCAGCUGGGAGCUGUCACCCUUGCCCCACUCAUGAAAUGGUUGCUCUGUUGAUUGAGUUGUGGGUGUUUUGCAUCCCAACCCAGUACUCUGAUGGAGAGCUUUAAAUCUCUCUACCCACCUCAGUGCUAUGUCUACUCCCCACCCCCCAUUGCCAAAAUUGGUGGACCCAAAGCUGGGCUUUACACACCCAACAUCUAGACAGUAUGAGCUUGGAGGACUCAAAGUGAAAGAGCUAGACAUAGUCUCAGGAUAGGAAGUUUUGCAGCCAGGCUGCCUAAAUCAGAAAUGCCAAGGCUUUCAUAUUCUCCAGCCGUGUGAGAUGCAAUAAUGGGGCCUCCCAUGAAGACAUUUGACAUACGGAGGCAGUCCUUAAAGUUCUCCAGGUUUUGGAUCUAUAUUUGGCAUGCCUAGAUGCUAAUGUAAUGAUGCUGCUCUUAAUUUGGAAGCUGGUCUACGUUCUUUGAGCUGCCUGGCUUGCAUGUGUUCCAUUUACUUUUGGCUUUAUUGUUGCCUUUUGCUUGCUCCCGGUUCCUUUGUAUUUUAGGCUGAUGAUCUGUUCUUAUUAAGUCUCCUUCCCUGGAUGAAGGAAUUGCUGCAAAAAAAUUGUUUCAAUUGGGCCCUCUCCUCAUUUGUUGUCUAUAAACUUGUUCACAUUAAACCCUAGUUGCUUUAUUAUUAUUACUAUUAUUUAUUUAUCCUCCACCCAUCUGGCUGGGUUUCCCCAGCCACUCUGGGUGGCUCUCAGCAUAGAGUGCAAUAGUGCAGUGCAGUGCAGUGCCUGAACUGGGCUCAUAUCUUCACAGCAGUAUAUAUGCUUGCUUGCAAGGUCCUUUCACAAUUGAGGGGACUUAAUUCAAAAUGUAUCUACUUGUGGGUGGAAGCAAGUACCCUUUAUUUACAAGUGCCUGGUACAACGCACCUUUACUGUCCAUAUGCAAUUCUGGAGUAUUUUACAAGUACAAGACAAAAGAAGAAUGUAUGUGGUUUUUCAAGUGAACAUAAAAACUGACUGUCUCUCAGGGAAAAAUAGUGAACUUAGCAUUUUGCAAUAGAAACAUGAAUCUGUAUGUUGGAAUUGUUUAGGAUUUUCAGAAGCUGUCACCAAACUUUCAGUUUAAAUGUUUCUGGACAUAUAGGAGCUGGUUCUUUUCAUGCUUCCUUUUCUUUUCUUUUUUUUUCAACAGAUUGCAAGGAAGCGGCACAAAGUCAUUGGUGGCUUCAAGAGUCCUCAUGGCCAUACCAGGCCACCAGCCUGUCUCAAGCACAUAAUCCUCAUGCCCCUGUCUCAGAUCAAGAAAGUACUAGACAUCCGAGAGACAGAAGGUAUGAACAUUGGCAGUGGAAUGUGGAUUUUUGAGGACUAAUAAUGCAGAGUGAUGGACUUCAAACGCUGAUAUGUUUUGGCACAGCUGAAUAACAAGAUAGCUUCCAAAGAGGUUUCACCUGGGGGCCAGGGAGCUGGAAGUAACCAUUAAAGGGAGCAGUGAGAGAAGAUGGUCAAAUGUCAGGAGUUGGAGAAAAUCACUCAAGGCUUUCAGAGCUCACAGCCCUUCAACGAGUGUUUCCAUAUGCCUUGGCAGAAAGCUUUGUCUAAAAAUAAAGCUUCGCAUGUGGGUGUAUUAACCUUUUAAGAACAAAGAUUGAUACAACUGGCACUUGAAACUUAAACAGGAGUUAAACCCACAGUUCUGUCUUAAGAUCCUUCAGCAGGCUUGUGUAACUUUCUCUAGACUAUCAUUUAUACGGCUGCAUGUUUCACUGAAAUCAGUGUGGCUUCCUUCUGUAGAGAGCAUUGUAAUCUUCUUAAUUUCCUGCAAUGAUGUGUGGCAGAGCAUCAUUCUAGGGUGCUGGAAAGAUUCUCUUCCUGUAACUUCAGAAAUAGUGUUCUGCAUCAAGGUCAGCCUCUGUGCAGACCUGCUUGGUACAAACUUAAAGCUACCUAAAAUUAAGGAGGAAGCUAAGGGUUAUGUACACUUUCCCUAUCUGCAAAUACCCACUCUGCCUGGGUUUGACAUGAAACCUUAACAGUUGCCAUCCUGGAUAAGAAUGAGCCUUGUUGUCGUCAUCUCGACAAUGCUGUUUUAAAUCAGGGUUGCAAAGUGGGUUUAAGAGGAUUCCCAGGUUCAUUUUAACUUAGCUUGGCGAUUGCAUGUAAAAUUGCCAGCAUGGUAUAGAGGAGGUAUGGGAAAUCACUGGCUCUCCUUUCUCCUGAACUUCUGCUCCCUUCAUCCCCGCCAAUUGAUAUUGCUUGCUGAGACUCAUGGGAGCUGUAGUCUUUUAACACUUGGAGUGCCAAAUGUUCCCCACACCUGGUAGAGAGUAUUGGCCUAGCGAGAGGAAGAACUUGGUUCAAGUCCCUGUUAGGCCAUGAAGGCUGGUGGGUGAUCUUGGGCCAGGCACUCGCUCUUGCACUCCAAGCCAAACCUUCAUGACCUGGCUUUGAUUGAAGGAGAGGGAAAUAAGGUGGAGAGGCAACUUUAGUUCAAAGGCAGUGGAAAGUUAUGCACAAAAUCCUAUGGCUCUUUCCUUUUUUUGUAAAUAAUUUUUAUUCAUUUUCCAUUUUUUUAAAAAAAACUUUCAUAUGAAUAACAAAUCAAACCAAAUAUUUCCACAUUCAAAAACAAAAAACAAUAUAGCCAAUUAUAUAAUCCGAAUUAAUUAUUUACAAUGGGACUUCCCGUGUUUUGGAUUUCAAGAGUUAAAUGGCCAUCUUUCUGUUAUCUUCACAAAUUGCUUCACAAUUUUCCAAUCCUGAUAUUGACAAUCUCCUCUCUCGAUCAGUCAGUCACUGGUAUAACUCUCUAUCUUGUUUUAUUUGACCAUUCUUUUUUCUAUAAUCACACAGGUGGCUUUUUCCACAUUGUUCUCGGUCUUAAUAUUUUGAAGCACAGUCCUCCUCAAUGACCCCUCCUUUUUCUGCUGAUUGUUGUUCUAAUAGGCUCUGGCUCUUUCCUGAUCCCUAAAUUUCAUUUUGUUCUACGUUUACCACACCAUUCAAAUACCUUGAUUUACCCUCUCUUCACUCUAAGGUCCUUAGGAAAAUUAGAACAAUUUGUAUUUAAAAUGUUAUGUGAGUUGUCGAAAGAAAUAAUCCCUGAAUACAAGCAAUAGCAGGCAGGAUAAUUUCACUAGGUAUUCUCUCAUGCCCGAGCAGUAACAGUGAUUAAAAGCCAGGGCAUAACUGCAAAACACAGGGUCUUUUAAAAGCAUCAUACACUACUGUGGUUAUAUGGUGAGGUUGAAAGGUUUGGACCUUUGUCACUGAAGGUGUGGCAAUGCCAUUCGCCUCUUGCUUCUGAAUUUUGUGCAGUGUCUUGUUUGUUGUGGCUGAAUGUGGAUAUUUAUCUUCUGAAUCUUUAUUCUGCUCACACGGCUUUGUAGACUUCACUGUCCCCCGAGAUGCUGUACCUUGUUUUGGUGACGGCAGACCUGUAAUGGUUAAAUAAAGCAUCUUGCAGCUUCACUACUGCUUAAAGACCUUUGUUGAACCUCAUCCCCUUGUUUUCUAUGGGCGGGAAAACUGACCCACCUUAUGUCCAACAUGUGGUGUUUUCUCAAGUAUUAGAAGUCCUGUGCACUGGUUCUCCAUUGCAAUGUGCAGGAUGUGUUUUUAGACUUCCUUCUGUAGCCCACACACAUGGCAGCUGAAAUGGGGAGAUGCUGCUGAGAUGAAUAUAUGAAGAGUCAGUUCUGUGCGGAGAUGGCCUGCCCGCUUCUUUGAUAUUCAGGCUUCUAAACUUUGGUUCUUGUCCUGACCCUAGGACAAUACUCAGUCAUCCAUGCUCCCUUCUUCCUCUAAUAGUGAGUUGCUCAGAUUGUUGACUGAUCUGUUGCUGUUGUUUGCAGAGUGCCACAAAGCAUUUGCGUUAGUUGUGCGACCACCGACCGAGCAGAGCAACUUGUUGUUCAGCUUCCAGAUAACGACUGAGGAACCUCCCAAGGAGAACUGGCUGAAGAUGCUGUGCCGGCACGUAGCCAACACGAUAUGCAAAGCAGAUGCUGUAAGUUCUUUAUAUCAGAGCUGACGAGGGGGUUGUACCUUGAAUCUGUCAGAUCUAUGUCAGAUGGCUAUGCCAGAACUAACAGGCCCACUGGUAGCAUGUCUUGUGGCAAAGGUCUGCAAGAUGGGACAACUUCUCAGAAGGGCUUGCUGCCAGUUCAUCAAGGCUGUAAUCUCUUGGAGACUGUAUCUGUACUUGGUGAGCUUCAGCCAAGAAAGCCUCUCGAAGUGGAUUACAUACAAUCAGAACAAAGCAGUCCUUACUUGCAGGCUUACAAUCUAAAAACAUGCAACACAAUAGGGGAAAGGGGCAGGGAGGGAAGAGGAAAAUCAAAAUCAAAGCUCGGGCACCAGUUAUUAAACAGUUGUUCCUAGAACAUCCCCCUGGCACAGUUCAGGGGCAGGAGGUGCCUGAUGGAGCUGUCCACAGAGCCACAACUCAGCAUGUUUGGAUUCAGAAAAAAACCCUUUGAGUUAAAUGGCACUUAACUCCCAGGUAAGGAUCAAAGCCGUACGAAGAAGAGCAAUGCUCUUGUUUGCAUGGUAUGCUUGCCUGGAGUUAUUGCCGUAACAGGUGCAGCACAUCUGUGUUUGGAGUGCACUGUUGCACUUAAAUAGGGGUGUGUAGCAGCUCUGUGCAUACUCCAAAUAAGGAGGUGAAUUGGAAUGAUGUGGCCCAUGAUUUCAUGUUUCCAAGUUGGGUCGUGCUGUUAACAAGCUAUAUUUUGGGGGGUCAGGGACCUCCUAAGCUGAUUCACUUUGGGGCUUCUCUCCCCCGCCCUACAAGAUGAAGCCUGAUAAACCUCAGAAAAAUAGGUGCACAGGGCCCUUUUUUCUUUUAUGAGAAACGAAACCAAGCUGCCCAGAGCUUUGGAAGGGUGGGGUAGGGUGCGGGCAUAUCUUGUUUUGCUAGACAGCCAAGCUUUUAAUCAAAGUGAAUUCUUUUUCUGAAUCACUCCAGUCGGUGAUUGGGAGGGGGGAAUGAUGUUGAAGUAAAUAAACCUCUCCAUGUGGGUCAUCUUUCUCUGAGCUUUGGCUAUAGUAGCAGGACAUAUGGAGUUAGGUUAUUGUGUCAGCCUGCUUCUUUCCCAGUUAGUCUUUUUCAUAACAAGUAACCUGCUUGUCUGCACUUCUGCUGGUUUCCCACCCAGGGGCAGCUUCCUCAUGCCUCCCAGCUUUCAAACUUGAUUUCCCACAAAAAAUAAAAUAAAAAAUAAAAUAGAAAAAUGAUUUGUAUUUCCCCACUCCAAAAUGGGAAAGUCUGCUCCUGUGCACCUAUGCUCUCAGAAGGGGCAUUCAUGCCUGCAAUUCGCAGCUAAUUCUGGCAGAAAAUAAAGCUUAAGAGGUCUUUAUUUAUUUAAGGGGUCCCCGCAAAAAACCGCUGGAUGCCUCUGCCUGAAAUUUGGCAGGCUUAAUGCACUCUGAAGGGGCUCCCUUGCCUACAAAUUUCACCCACUUAUGUGAAGGGGUUUUUUUUGGGAAUGCUACAACAGUUUUUAGAUUCCCCAUAUAGUCAGUGGGUGUGAAACAGAACUUGGGAUCGAACAGAUCAGAUUUGAAAACCUGAAAUAAUGAAUCCAAUUAUUCAUUGUGGAUUCAGAGCAGAUUGGGUUGCUUGCAGACGCUGCCAAUACAAGGUGAAUUUUGUUGCCAUUAAUCACCCCUAAUAAAUAGUGUUAUAUAGAGAUCUGCUUUGCCUGCCCACCUGUUUAGUAUGAGGUAGCAUACAUUAAAUGGCAUAGUAAGUCAUCUUUUCCAGGAAGCCUGUUGGGCCGUGAACGUUAACUAUCUCUCUUGUUUUAUAAAAACUCUAAAACAGCAAAAUAAAAAGUACCAUUAAAAUAAUUUAAUCAAAUAGCUUUGAGCAAAGCAAUCAUUCUUUUAAUUUGUUGUUGAUGGCUGCCUUGAUGUCUGUUGGGAGAAGACAGAAUGUGUGUGUGUGUUAAACAAUUAUUUUAUUUCCAGCAGAUCCUGCAUGUUCACCAUUAGGCUUUGGGUGAUCACUUGAUUGAUUCAUUCUUCUAGGGAAAGACGAUUGCCUAAUGUCAGUUGUGCAUGUCUAUGCUUACAAAAGUAAAAGAAUGUGGCACUGGGACUCUGUCACUCAGUGGUUCCAGAGAAUAAACCUAUCAUAAGGUGCCGUUUGGUUUGCAUAUUACUCACAACACACCCCAAUUCUAAACAUUCUGUAUUUCAGUGGAGCUGAUUUAGGGUUGCAAGUGCUCCAAGGGAAUUUAUUCAACUAAAGACAUUGUUUUAUAUAGUAUUCUAUGUGUCUACUGCUUUGGUGUAGGGCAAUGUCUUAUUCACUGGUUUGUGUUUUUAGCCUUGCCCGAUUCCUUUAACAACUGCAUUUUUUGCUGUUGUCUGAAAAGGAGCAAUGCACAAGUUCUUGCUCGUAUGUAAGAGUUCUCUGUGGUCAGGACACCCAGCUGUCCUGGUGUGAUGUUGGGGAUGGGGCUAAAAGCACAGCAUUGCCCUACGUAUGAAAAACACACAGUUGUUGUCAAGCUGAAACCAUGUACAAGUCCAUUAUAUUGGAUUCUUCUGACUGUACUUAGGAUUCGACUCCUAAAUGUACAAAAGAGCUGUCUUUGAAUAGGCUUUUUCCUGGCAGAGCUAAAUACAGUGGUACCUUGGUUCUUGAACUGAAUCUGUUCAGGGAGUCCAUUUGACUCCCGAAACUGUUCGAAAACCAAGGCACGGCUUCCGAUUGGCUGCAGGAGCUUCCUGCACUCAAUCGGAAGCCGCGUCAGACGUUUGGCUUCCAAAAAACAUUCGCAAACCCAAACACUCACUUCCGGGUUUACGGCGUUUGGGAGCUGAUUUGUUUGGGAGGCAAGCUGUUUGACUACCAAGGUACCACUAUAUCUUUUAAGACCUCUUAAAAACAUGGAACAUUUCAUGGUUGAAAGUGUGCUGCUGUUGAAAAAGGAAGUGGUGUGUAUUUUAGCUGCUGUAAUAAACUCUGAAUGUUGAGGGAUCCCCAUCACUAGGUAAGACUGGACUUAGGAAUUGUUGCCACCUUGUCAGUUGAAGUCACAAACUUUCCCUUUUCCAGACUAAAGGGACUUUUUUUUCAUAGCGAUGUGUACACUGACUUCCAUGCCCCACAUGGUGGCAGUAAAGCCUUUAAUUUUGCUCUUUGUUUUUCCUACCUGCUGGCUAAGCAGUAGAGUUCUGAAGGUUUGCAACUCCUAUCUGGAAAGUUUUGUCUUUGGUAGUGAGAAUCUGAGGACGGUGUCUGAGAAUUUGAAGUCUGCUGUUGAUUUUUGAAACGUGAAUCUUUUACUCUGACGGUGGCUUCGCCUUCGAGUAAGUUCUCAAGCCUUCUUUCCUUUGCAGGAAGAUCUCAUUUACGCUACUGAUCCGGAUUCCAUUGAAGUAAGCACGAAGGAUGUGGACAGCACACUGAGCAGGGCAUCCCGGGCCAUUAAAAAAACAUCCAAAAAGGUACGAGGUUUAACUAAUAAAGAAAUGCUAUUCUGAAGCUAUCUCCUCGCACCAAGCUUUUUCAUUUGGGGGCAAAACCCAUUCAUUUCCCUUCCUGGUGACAAGUUUUAUUGCACUGGAAUAUUUGAGCCUAAAUGGGACACUUGCACAUGCUCCACACAUCAGGAGAGAAUGAAUGUAAACCACUGACAAAUGUUUCCAGAGGUAUAUUGUGCAGUAGCCCUCAAUUGUGUAAGGAGCUUUUAGCUGAUGUAUGUUGUCUUCUCUCAGUCUUUUACGUGUUACUAUUCCAGCACAAACUUUGAGAGUUUGGCACCAGUAAAAAGGUCAUAACUUUUUCAUGUUGAAACAAAUUGUGACAAAUUUGAGGGGGUAGGGCCUUUUUAGUUUUGGGUUUUUGUUUUUGACAGUGAAAAUGGGCCUUUUAUGUCACUUCCACUAUUUGGCAUUUGAUUCCACUAUUUACAGUUCCCCCACCUUUCUGUAUCCAGGGUGUGAUUGCUUCUCUAUGUAUGAUUCCUCCCCACUCAUUCCUCUCAAUAUAGAUGUUGAUCCUGCAUCUGAGGAAGCGAGCUCUAGUCCGCAGAAGCUUACACCAUAAUAAAUGUGUUAGUCUUUUAAGUGCAUUAAGAAUCUUGGUUGGUUUGUGUUGGGGAGGAAAAAGUAAUAUGAUGUUGUUUGACUAGCAAAUCUAUAGCGAUAUGAAGUGUGAGGCUGGAAUAGGCAUGAAUGGGAACAAGAUGGUUGGAUGGCUUUACAAGAUGGUUGGAUGGCUUUAUAAGAUGGUUGGAUGGCUUUAAAGGAACAUUAGGCAAAUUCAUGGAGGGUAAGGGUUAGCCUCCAUGGCUAUAUUGCCAGAGGCAGUAUGUCUCUGAGUACCAGUUGCCAGGAAUCACAAAUGGGGUGAGCACUGUUGGACUGCAGAUGUGUUGGACACAUCUGGCUGGCCGCUGUGAGGAGAGGAUGCUAGACUAGAUGGGAAUCUGGCUUGAUCCACCAGGGAUGUUAUGUUCUUAUCAAAUAUAUUGAAUAUAUUUAAUCCUUGCUGCUUUGGCUAGUGGUAAGCAAAAUGCCACAAAAUGUAUCAGCGUAGAACAGCAGAAGAAGCCUUACUGAAAAACGUGGAAUCGAUUUCCCCGUAUUUUAAAUAAGGGUAACACUGUAGUCUUUCCUACAGUUUACUUAACGUGGUUCUUAAAACUCUGCAGGUCACACGAGCCUUCUCAUUCUCCAAGACACCAAAGAGAGCGCUCCGGAGAGCACUGAUGGCGCACAGCAGCGUCGAUGGAAGGACUUUCUUCCCAGCUAGUGAGAAUUACUUAGGAGGACGCGUUGCCAGUACUUCAUCGCUAGCUGUAAGUGACUUUUCCCAGAGAAGUCUUGAAUAAUAUAAAAGCCCCGAGUGGGGAGGCUGGCUCCUGCACUGUUCUUAUUUCAAUAAUGAAGCUUAUUGUAAUCAUGUCUGUUAAUCUCUCUCCGGAAGUCAUAACACCUGUGUGGUCAAUGUAAUUAAAAGAUCUCAACUGUAGUAGAGAAAUCCACUCUAAAUGUCAGGCAGAAGUGAGCAUGCCUGGAGGAGAUAGUGAGGAAUGUAUCUUACAGAAGAAAAUCUGCUCUCUUGUGACCAAUUAAAGACAUUUGAGAAAACAAAACGUUUCAGAAACUGAGCUACGAAGGUGCUCAGAGGUUCUGCAGCCAUGAAAGAGAGAAAGAUCUGAGUGCAGGAAAUUCCUUUUUGGUAGAUAAAAGUUGGGUUGUGGGCUAGGGUGCAUGGGAAGCUGCCUUAUGCUGAGUCAGGCGAUUGAGCCCAACUCAGUAUAGCCUACACUGGCUGGCAGCAGCUCUUCAGGGUUUCACAUGUGGUCUGUCCCAGCCCUAUCUGGAGAUGCCAGGGUCUGAACCUUCUGCACCCUGAGCAGAUUCUCGAACACUGAGCUAUGGCCUUCCUUUUGGGGAAUUUGGAUCUUAUUAAAUGUCUUGUAAGGGAUGCGGGUGGCGCUGUGGGUUAAACCACAGAGCCUAGGACUUGCCGAUCAGAAGGUUGGCGGUUCGAAUCCCUGCGAUGGGGUGAGCUCCCGUUGCUCGGUCCCUGCUCCUGCCAGCCUAGCAGUUCGAAAGCACGUCAAAGUGCAAGUAGAUAAAUAGGUACCGCUCCGGUGGGAAGGUAAAUAGCAUUUCCGUGUGCUGCUCUCAUUCGCCAGAAGCGGCUUAGUCAUGCUGGCCACAUGACCAGGAAGCUGUAUGCCAGCUCCCUCGGCCAAUAAAGUGAGAUGAGCGCAGCAACCCCAGAGUCGGCCACGACUGGACCUAGUUGUCAGGGGUCCCUUUACCUUUAAAUGUCUUGUGGUUAUGCGUUCUGGCAAAAAAGGGCUUCCCAGAAAAGAAGAAAGAAAGAAAAAAGAAAAGUGACAAGGAGUAGUUAAAAAAAUUACAGCUAUAAAGAUUAAUCAAAAGCAUGGGGUGGAAUGACACUCUUGAAUCAUAUAGAUAAAUGUACAUUUGUACUGUUAGUCCCUUUGGAGGAGUUGCGUUCAAUGUUUUGUGAUGGCGUCUAGCAGUGCUAGGUGAAUGAAGCCAAUGAAGGGUGGCUGGCCUUGUCUCCACAGCAGGGCUGCUUGCUCCUCUGAUGAACUGUUCCGCUAACCACAACAAGCACAGCCAAGUUUUCCUUUUCUACAUCAGGCCGUAAGGGAAAUAACCUUAAGAGGGUGUCCUUGCACCGUAACAGCACUUGAAAUGGGAAUGCUCAAUAUCUCUUGAAAACACAAUUUGGUGCUGCCAUCCUGCCAAGCAGUGUCUGCCAUUCUAAACUGGAUAGAUAGACCUCAUUCCCAGAACAUACAUAGUUCUCCAGCUGUUGGGAGCGGGAAAUUUCUUUUCUCUGCUCCAUUGCAUCAAAACCCAUAAAAUGUCACAGUUCUCUGCUUAGUUUACCUGAUCCCACUUUUACUGAUAUUAUGAAAGCAGCUGCAUGUGGUGUUGGUACUCUGGGUGAGCCUCUUGGAGCAGAGGGGGCUGCAAGCCUUUGAAUAGAAUUUUUGCAGACUCUACUCCAAAAGAUUUUUUUUGCCCAGUGGAGGAAAGGGUGUGGAUGUUAGCUUUGUAGAUGUUAAGAAAAGGGGGCUAUUGUUAGAUGAGUAACUAGUUCUUUCCUAAAAGUGCAGGCGAUUUGUUGGGCUGAACCUGUCUCUGAACUGGGAGAUAAGGCUCAAUAUAGCCAUGAUGGAUAUGCUGGGUGGUUUUGAACAUGUUCCUAUGCCAUCCCUGAAAUGGCAAUGUUGACCAAAUCAUUUAAUGGCUGCUAUCGCAGGGGUUGGGACGCGGGUGGCGCUGUGGGUAAAACCUCAGCGCCUAGGGCUUGCCGAUCGCAUGGUCGGCGGUUCGAAUCCCCGCGGCGGGGUGAGCUCCCGUCUUUCGGUCCCAGCUCCUGCCCUCCUAGCAGUUCGAAAGCACCCUUAAGUGCAAGUAGAUAAAUAGGUACCGCUUUAUUUAUUUAUUUUUUUAAUGAUAUUUAUUGAAAAUUUUUAAAAUUACAAAAAAAGACAAAACAGAGAAAGAAAGAAGAAUCAAAAAAGAGAAAAAGAAAACAAACCACAUCCAACAAUACAAAUUCAAAAAACAAAAAUACACCACAAACAUAUAAAAAUAAAACCAACAUUCUCAAAUCUUCAACUUUCAUUACCUUCUUUCUUUGACCUCCUCCUCCUCCCUUUUUUUGUAUCCCAGUUAUUAAUUAUCGCAGCAAAUCCUUUCCAUAUUUCAUAAUAUUCUGUCAUUACAUUACCUUUAUCUAUUUUCAUCUUAUCUUAUAAAAAACCUUAAAACUUAAAUCUUAUUUUAAACAUUUUUGCUAGAGCCAAGUAAUUUCGUUCCAACAUUUUUCUAACAGUCAUCAGUUUUAUAAAACAAUCCUAGUAAUAAAAAAAAAGAAAUAGAAACAAUCCAAUCUUCAUCCAGCGUCCCUUCCUCCUGGUCCCGGGUUUUGUCAGUCCUUUUUAUCCCAUCGAUCUGGCGCAUUAACCUGGUAACCUUAUAUCCGAGGCCCUUAAGUCCCUUCCAUGUCCCUUCCGCAGCUCUUCUUCAUAUUCACCUUCCACUCGUGGGAACUCCAGCUUGGUAAUGUUUUUGACCCUUUUCAACAAAUCAGCCCCUUUUCCAUAGUCCAAACGAAACUCCAUGUAGUAUUUAAAGACCUGUUUCAGAAUCCCUCCAAAGUUGAGAGCCCCCACAGCUCCAAACAUCUCACAGCCCAUUGCCAGACUCGGAAAGUCCAAAAAUCCCUGCAUAGGGGGGUCUAUCCAACCCCCCAUUUCCAAAUCAGUCCAAACUUUAUCUUUCCUAAUCUGGCUUUUUCCAAGUUCAUUUGUCAAAUCCAAAAGCUCAGGUUCCUGCUGGGCCGCAGCUCCCUCCAUCUCUGGCGCCCAAGAUUCCGCAACAUCCUCUUCUCUUAUCUGUUCUGUCAGGGCACACUCCUGAUUUAAUUCCUGAGUGGGCUCCAUAUAGUUUCCCACUGCCUGUUCAAAAAUUCUGGCCGCAUUAGUCAUCAAAUCCGUCUUCUCAGUUAACUGUUCCAGUAGAGCAUUUAUUUUACAGAGAGCACACAACAGAGCUUCUGAAUACAUUGUCCUACAAGGUCACAAGCCUUUUCCCACAAUUGUAAUCUAUGACAGCUGCAAGCUCCCUGGAAUUAGUUACAGUUUCCCAGUCUCCCUUUAGGGGGAAAGCUUCUAAUUGUUCUUGCAACAAAGUUUCUUUUUGGAGAUAUUUUGUCAAUAUUUGUUCCUUUAAAAUGCGAAAGGAAACAUUGGAAUCACUAUGUUUCUCUUCUUUUAGCUAUCUGUCAAAAGCGUUUGUCUCUGGUCAAUGAGCUUCAAACGUCAGUCCUGACACCCCGCUCCAGGAUCAGGACGGUGGAAAAUUACUUUACUUUAAACUCACUUCUGCAGGUUUAAACAGUCCGAAAAAGAUCCCCCUUCUUCUCCUGCUGUUGAAGGGGGGUUCGAAGAUUUUAAAUGAUGAAAGCCGAUUCUUUAGAAGUGAUUUUCUAAGCUCUAGUUUACGUUGUCUUUGCUUUAUUCUAUCUACAAAGAAACGGAAGGCUGACUUCCUGUUUAGACCUUCCCGUUUCAGUACCAAAUUGAAGUAAAUUUUUGAAUCCAAUUCCUUUCUGCUCGCAAAUCCUUGUUUAAAGUCCAAUUUGUUCAAAGUUUCAAGUACUCACGGGUGCUUAUUUUAGAAGCCAAAUUGUCCCAGGAAAAAGGCAGCGCUCUCCGGCAACGGCUAUGCGGCUUCGCUCCACGGAAAUAGCACUUGACUCACAGCACUGCGCCGCUUCCCCCUCUUCGCUUCGGAGCCCAUUAGUGGGUUCCUUUGCGGGUUGGGGGGGCGCUAAGGGUGCCCGCCGAGUCCCAUGGUCACAGGCUUCAUCCGCCUGUGAUUUUUAAAAGGGUCCCCGCUUCGCCGUAGCGGAAAAGACCCUUUUUGCGUGGAGCUAGUCCCUCCAGUUCAGAGGGAGUCCGCCAUUGCCGAUGGCGCCACCCCGGAAGUCCAAAUAGGUACCGCUUUAUAACGGCGUUUCCGUGUGCUGCGCUGGUGCUGGCUCGCCAGAGCAGCUUCGUCAUGCUGGCCACGUGACCUGGAAGUGUCUUCGGACAGCGCUGGCUCCCGGCCUCUUAAGUGAGAUGAGCGCACAACCCUAGAGUCGGACACGACUGGCCCGUACGGGCAGGGCUACCUUUACCUUUAUCGCAGGGGUAGCAUAGAGACCGAUUAAGACUGACCUUUAAGCCCAGUAAUCUCCAGUUCAGUCCUUGUCUCUGCAAUGUGCUCACCCAAUGACCUUUGCCAAACUGGUCAAUUUUAUUGGCUUUUGGUCCACUCAUAGACACUUCACUUGUAAUAUUGGCAUUUAUUGUUGCAAUGAUGACUGUAAUGAAGUAUGCAACUUAUUCCACGUACUGCUAAGUAUUUUCAUGGAAGAUGAAUGAGCAAACAUGGAGAUAGCCACUGAAGAUCUAGGCCAUAUCGUGCCAUUUUUUAAAAAAUCUACUCUUGCAAUUUAAGCACAGUGAGCGCUUUAUAAUUUGGAUGUACAGUGGUGCCCCGCAAGACGAAUGCCUCGCAAGACGGAAAACCCGCAAGACGAAAGGGUUUUCCGUUUUUGAGUUGCUUCGCAGGACGAAUUUCCCUAUGGGCUUGCUUCGCAAGACGAAAAUGUCUUGCGAGUCUUGAGAUAUUUUUUUCGCUUUCCCCCCCCUUUAUCUAAUCUGCUAAGCCUUUAAUAGCCUUUAAUAGCCUUUUAGCAGCUAAUCCGCUAAGCCUUUAAGCCUUUAAUAGCCGCUAAACCGCUAAUAGCGCUAAUCCGUUAAGCCGCUAAUAGGGUUGCUUCGCAAGACGAAAAACCGCUAGACGAAGACUCUCGCGGAACGGAUUAAUUUCGUCUUGCGAGGCACCACUGUACUUUGAUAUAUAAACUAGGUCUGAAGGCUUAAACUAGGUGGUGUCAUACACCCGCGGAUCUCUUCUUAGAGCCAGAAUUGCUUUAGUGCCCCCCCGUUCUCCCACUCUACAACACAACAGGCAUUUCCCAGCAGUAGAAUGUCCUUGGGUUGAAAGAGACUUUUGUUUUGGAAGGUAUAAAUUACUGAAAUACAGAACAGAGGGAUUAGUCAUACAGGUGGAGCAUCGUAAUCUCUGAAAGGUAAAUCUAGUUCAAGCACAUCUUGGACUGAAGGGCUCAAAGGAAGCAGUUAGUACGUUGUCCUUGGCUUGUCAGCCUGGCCAGGCUCUUCCUUAAUCUAAAAUAAAAUGGUACGGGGAGAAGCACAAUGGGAGAUCGUGAUAGAUCUGGACUGAAUGCGAUGUGUGGAUUAACUCUCUGUUCCCCUCUUCCCACAAUAUUUUUAGAUUACUCGCUGCGCGUCUACGUACAGUUUAUGUGAACCAGUUAAGCACAUUGUUAGUGUGCAGCGUUCCAACUCCGUUGAUGGGAACUCCCCGAGCUCUAGGCCUCGGCCUCUGAUAGCUGCUUCCCACGGUGUAGAAGGGAGAGUUGCUUCCAGCUCUGACAGCCUAAACACCUGUUCCCUGCCCAGUCCUUGCCCAGUCAUCAGCACCACCAGAGAGGAAGCGACUGAUGACCAGAGGGCCGCCUAAAGUGAGCUCUGCCACCUCCUUGUUGGGCACUUCUCGGAGGCAAAGAGACUGGCCUUAAAUAAGGCCUACAGUCUAAUAUUUUCCAGGUGCUGGGCCUCUCUUAAGCACUCUUUCACUUCUGUCCCAAAAUGCUUGAAUUCCUUCAUUCAAAUUAAUGGUGUUUGCAUGGUCACCACUGAUACUGAUCUUGCUCUGGGUUUCUUUCCAUGUUUUCUGGCAUUUUAAGGUACAUAUGCUUUUUUAGAAAACAAAACUAUGUGGCUGUUUACUUGAGAAAAAGGUAGCUUUGACAUUUGGAAGUUCUGUCCAUUCCUUCAAUCUCUUGCAAUGGGUAUGUGGCAGAAUUACUAAGAUAACUGGACAUCCUAAAAGAAGUCAUUUGGCUAAAGUGACCUGCAGGGCACUAUUUUUGGGGGUUAGGAGCUCCUAUAAAAUAAAUUCUUGCACCAAUUACAAUACCCUUUGCCUGCUGCAAGCUGUCAAUAUUUUUAAAUGACCUUGAAGCUUGCCCUAUCCAAAAACAAAACCUUUGAGUUGUAUAGCGAUUGUGGAUAAUUGUGAUACAGUUGUAAAAUGUAUAGCGAUCUUAUAAUAGUCCGUGAGGGUUGUUCUAUCUUUCUUGCCCUUCUUUUAGACGCCACUUUGAAGGCACGAAAAUGCAGCGAGGGCAGAACUGCUCUUGCAUACGUUUAAGUAGAAAGCAAUGCCUCAUCUUUAUUUCUCUUGAGGCUUGGCUACAUUAGAAAACCUUACAUGUCGAAAGGCUGAGUUGGAGAAGCUGCUGCUUAAUAGAAAUGCAACACACACACAACCUCUCAAUAGUGUUUCUGAAGACGUAUGUCCGCCUAACUUGCUGACACUUUGAAAACCUGGAUUUUAAAGCGGGGAAGAUCUCUGCUUCCUUGUGAUCCCCUUGAAUCCCCCCUCCUUUUCCAGGCACACAUUAGAAGUAUUUCUUCCACGGGAGAUGUAUACACUUAAUAUUUCUUCUUUUCUUUGAACAGGGCAUCCACUCUCCGUCCUUGAUCAACCUGCCAUCAGUGUUUGAAAAGAGGAGCCAUACGUUAAGUCGGUCAACUACUCACUUAAUAUGACAUGGACAGGAAAUGGAGUUGCGACUUACAAUUUUGACUGACGGAAAGUGGUCUAGCUUUUUGAAGUGACCAUUUACUGACAUGAACGGUGGUACUUAGUUAGCACUUAGUGGGAAUUAGUAAGCGUUUUAGAUAACACUAAAUUAAUCACCAAGAGUUGUCUGAUGUGCCUACUAAACAACUGAAGUACUCAACCUUGGCUUGGAGAGAACAUAUUCCUUUGCACAAAUCAUCCUAUUGGCAUAACGGAAAUAUUCCGCUUAGUGUAAACAUUGCGCAGUGACGUUAUGAAUAAACCAAUGUUGGACCUGCCUGCGGAUAUUCAGAAGUUGCUCACUGAUGCCUGCACUGGCUGAGGAUUGCGGAUUUCGCUUUUAAAAUAGUGUUUGUAUGUUUACAGGCUGACAGUUUGAAUUAACCAUUGCAUAGACCAAUAUCCAAAGUGAAACACUUGCUUACUGUUUAAAGUAUAAAUCUGUUUUUUUAAAGCCUAAAUUAUACUUCAAGCAUGAUGAAAGUGCAUCGGUGGCAGUGGUUUAGUGGAAAUAUGCAAAUGGUUGGCCCACAUGUCUGUUGGUCUGACGCUCUUUAGCUGCUAGGUUUUACUGUUGCCCAACAAAAUGCAAAAUCACCUGAAGUGGAAGCCCCUAGAAAAUCACUGUACUAAAUUGUAUUUAUAAUUUUUGAAUGGGGACCAUUUUUUUAAAAUAUAAAAAAGCUAUAUCUAAAACUUAAGUGAAACACUUCAAUUUCUCAAUAUACUUAGUUUUUGUGCACAGAUUUCGUAUGGAGAUGAAAAUGUAGAUCUGAUUUCAAUAUCUACAGCUGCUAUUUUUUAUUAUUCAAAGGCUUUCAUAUAAAAAUGUUCACCUUGUUUUCUUUAGGGUUUUUUUUAUAUAGUGUUUUCUCACAUCAUAAACUUUUUAAAUAUCAAGUUUUCAGGCUAUACUUCUAAACUCCCUCUGAAAAUUAAGUUUCUGCAUACAAUAAACUUGGUUUGUUGCUGUCCAUAUAUGGGGGUUGGAGUGGGUGGGAUUUCUAAUUUCCCAUUUUCUCUUAACCACUGACUGCUACUAAUAAGUGUAACCUGUGCCACUUUUUUUUUACUACUUGUAUCUUUUACAAUUCUAUACUGGCAGAAACUUGUGUAAAUAAAUAGAGUGGUUUGUGUCGCUU